ACUACAAAGUAAGAAGAACAAAGUAGUAAAACAAAUAAUUAGUUAUAAGAUCAAACGAAUCGAAAGGUAACGAAACGAGGCCCUCUCACAAACAUGGAGGGCAACGAGAAGAAAGGAGGAGGCCUUCCACCAACUCAACAACGUCAUCUGAACAUUGACACAACAGUUGGAGGAAGUAUCUCCCAGCCAGUGAGCCCAUCAAUGAGUUAUUCAACUGACCGAGAGACAGUAAUGAGAAGUGCAAGUGGUCACGCAACAGUCGCCGAAACCCAUCUCAUCCGUUCAAUCGGUUCCCAAUCCCAGUCAUAUACAGAAGAACAUUGGAGCUCUGAAAUCACCAGCUUUGUUGCAUUAGCACCACCAAAGUUCAUUCAAGUUAUCAAAGCUUAUCGAGUUCACUCAACUGACACGAUUAGUUUGGUGGUGGAAGUAGCAAGUGAUCCGCCUGCUAUCUUCGAAUGGUUUUACAAUGAGAAAUCUGUUCUUCAAGACCGGGAUCGUUUCCAAGUUGGGCAUGGUAUAAACAUCAGCCGGCUGAAAGUAAGCCGACCAGAGCAAGGAGUUUACAAAUGUGUGACACGAAACCCGGCCGGAGUGAGCACAAGUUAUGGAUAUAUAACUGUGAACGCCGAUCGUGAACAUUUAUCAUCUUCCAAGGAAGAUAUGAGACUCCAACGUCAACACUCCGUAACUUACCAUCAAGCUCCUCGAUUCUUGACCCAAGUGCCCAACUUGUUCGUCACUGCAGGAAGCAACGUGAUCAUCGAUGUUGAAGUUGAUGCUAAUCCACCAGCAAGAUUCUCUUGGUUUGUCAAUGGAAAAGAGUACAGAGAUUCGAUUCAUGGAGUCGAAAUGUUCUCACCGGACGUCAAUCGCAGCGUCGUCCGAUUCUCAAUUCCAGUGGCUGGAGAGUACAAGGUGGUAGCAUCGAAUGUACACGGAUCCGCCAUGUCUUGUGGACAUGUUGAUAUUCAAAAAGUCAUUGAACUGGAGGAAUCUACAUUAACAACAUCGACCACUGCCUUUGACCCAAUGACAACUUCCAUGAGAGCUCUUGGAAACAACGGUCGCAAUUCUAGACAAGCAGUAAAUAUGUUCGAGUUGAAUUAUACCCAACGGUCCAGCAGCGUUCCAAGGGGUGUACGUCAUCUUGAAUCACAUAUCGAGGUUUCUAAUAUGACUGGAGAGGAAAAGAAAACCCAACAACAGACGAGAACUGAUGCAGCCAGUAUCGUCGAAUCAAGAUUCCAUCCACAACCACCAAAGCCUCCCAGAGCGGGAACCUCAAGACGUUUCCUGCCAGAACCACCGAAAUUUGUCACAACUCUUCCAUCCGUCAUAACCGUGAACGCGGAAGAGAAAUUAGUCUUAUCAGUUGACGUGCAGGCAAUUCCAGCAGCGGAAUUCGCUUGGCAUGUGAACGGAUUUGAAGUGAAAAAGAGUCAAAGUGUUGUUUUACUUGAUGAACAUAAUAAAUCAACUCUUGUUCUGCAUCCACCAGUAAAACAAGGAAAAUAUAAGGUCACCGCAAGAAAUGAUGUUGGAAGUGAUUCUGUUACAACGCAAGUUACACGAAUCGGAGAGGUCAAAGAUGGAGCUGGAUCUGAACCACCCGAUAUUGUAGAAUCAGCAGUGACCGUUACAUGUUCUCAUGAAGAAGAUGUUGGAUCCCAUUCAUCACUGCAAACUGUUCGAAGAAUUCAAGAAAUGCAAGAAGAAGAUGAGGUUGAUCCAAUCAAACCAUUUAUCGAAGCUACGAGUCCAAAAGUCAAGGAAUCCGUUGAGCAUCCAUUCGCCAAUAUUUUAAAUCCGAAGAAACGCGAAGAAAGACUAUCUCCAUCUGGAAAAGGAAAACAUCUUCUAUUUGCUCCAAGAAUCACUGCUCACCCCAGUGAGUCAGUAUUCAAAAUUCUCGAUGGAUCACCUUUGAAACUCCGAGUCAUGGCAUCAUCUCUUCCACCUGCAACCUUCCUGUGGAUGCUCAAUAACUUUGAGUUGAGAAGCAAUCAAAAUGUAACAAUUCGAAAUGAUGAGGAAAAUUCGUCAGAAAUUGAAUUCCAAAAGGCACCAAAUGGAAAUGUGACAGUAUCUGCAAAGAACCAUCUCGGAGAAGACAGAUGGACAGGAAAAGUAAUUUUGCAAUACGAGAGUCCACCACCUGGUCAGAAAAUCACUACUAUCGAGAAAGUGACAGAAUCUUGGACAUUAGAAGAGGCAGUGAUCACACAAGUCGUUCCAACAGCAGCCGAUCCAGGAGAUCGCAUUGUGAUUAUUGUCCGAUUCGAUGAAAACAAGACAUCCAACUGCCAAUUCAACUGGACUAUCAAUGGAGUUAACAUUGAGAAACUAGAGGAAAAUCUAGUAGCAGUUGAAUCAACUGAAUUCGAGUCAUCUCUGAUUGUAGAGAAACUCGAAGAACAACUUUGUGGAGAAGUGGUGUGCGUAGUGAAAAAUCAGCACGGCGAGGUGUUUUCUUCAUCAGCUCACCUUAGAAUCCGAGACGAUGAUUCAUCAUUUGAAAUUGUCCCUCCAAAUCUUCCAGAAGAGUGUGCUCCAAAAAUAGUUGAGCCAUUACAUUCUGCAAGUUUUCUGGACGGUCAAGCAAUGUCUCUCCGAUGCAAAAUCACUGCCAAUCCAUCCGCAGCUGUUGUUUGGUCAAAGGAUGAUGUUAAUGUUGAGGACUGGGUUCUCAACAAGGAUGUCACCACGACAGUCCUAGAUGGAGGUGUUUGUGAACUUCUUAAUCCAGAGUGUUUUGCUGAAGAUGCUGGUCUUUACAAAUGUACUGCAACCAACCCACAUGGAACUGCUGAAACAGCGGCAUUUAUCAAUGUAGAAGGAGCUGAGUAUAUUAAGGAUCACGAAGAAGCAGAGAUUUCGGAAUCAGUUCUUACUGAUGAUGUUCAUAUCAUCCUGCCCCCGAAAUUCAUUGAAACACUUACUGCUGAAACUGAUAACUUCCAGCAAUUAGGAUACGUUCGAAUGGUAGCCACCGUUCGUUCCGUUGCUCCAAUUACAGUAUCAUGGCAGAAGGAUGGAAUGGAUAUUUAUGAAAACGAAAAAUACGAAGUUAUGCAGUUUGCUGAUGGAGCACAAAUUCUCACUAUUCGUGCCCCAACCAAUUUGGAUUCUGGAGUUUACACUUGCACUGCCGAGUCGGAGCAUGGUGUGAGCAACAGUAGUUGUCAAGUUGAGUUAACGAUAAGUGCAGAAUCAAGCCCGGAGAGCUUUGAAAAAGUAGAAAUUACUCCACCAGAAGAAGUCAAAGAAACCGGUAUUGAUGACGAUAUUGAAGUUAUUUUGAAGGAAGAAGUCAGUGGAACUGCUCAAAUUGAGAAGCGAGAGGAGGAAUUCAAGCUUCUCGUGAAAGUCGCUGAUCAAGUUGCCAGUACGUUGGUUGCGAACGUGUUUCUGGAGGCGGUUCAUGAGGCUGUCAAAAAGAUCGUCGAGACAGAAGACGAGGAAGAAGACAACCAGAUUGAAGCAACUCAAGAACCACGUUUUGAAACCAGCACAGAUGAGUACCAUGUCAAAGAAAAUGGUACCAUCAAAAUGGCUGCGACAAUCAGUGGACAUCCAACUCCAUUCUUGGAGUGGUACUUUGGAGAGGAAAAACUUCAAGUGUCACAAAAUGUUUCAAUGUACUAUGAAGCUGGCACUUCUGCAAUUAUUCUCAAAAAUGUGCAAAAACGUCAGGGUGGUAACUACUUCCUUCGUGCACAUAACUGUCAUGGAGAAUCCAUUCUUCCAAUGAAACUGACUGUUGAUCCAAUUGAAGCCGUCACUCAUGUCCUUGAGACUUCAAUUCCAAAGGUUGUUGUUGAGCAGGAUGCGAAGGAAGAAGAAGUCAGAAGAGCAGCUGAAAUCAUAUCUGAGCAGUUUGCACAGCUUUGGGUCCAAGAUGCUCAAACGGAAGCUGUUAGUGCACAAGCUCACCAAACGCCAGUUGUAGCCGAACAAGCCUCCGAGGAACCAACUCUGCCAGAAGUAGUCGCAGCACUUCAAGAGCAGAAGCCCUCUGUGGAGAAAGCACCCCAACCUCAGUUUGAAGUUCUGGAAACGGAAGACCAGGACGUUGUUGAACAAAUGCAGAAGCAGCUGCCACCAGUUCAAAAAUCAAUGUCUGUACAAGAGGAGAAAGCAUCUUCCCAAAGAACCCCAAGCCCAAUGAAUUACGAGGAUAAAGUUAAAACUAUUCAAUCUAACCUUCUUCGUGUUAACUCUCACGAGGCUAUGGAGCCCAUUGAGGCAACAAAUCUUUUGCUCAACACCGCUUUACAAUUAAAGAACGAGCAUGUAUGCGAUGAGACCACGACGGUUAUUGUUACCCAGCAGCCACAAAAAUACGAUCAACUCGUGACUGUCGUUGAAUCAAACAUCGAAUAUCAUGCACUUCGUCUCAGCACAUCUUCAUCUUCUCCUCUCAAGUUUAUUGAUCUUGAGACUAUCAUUCAAAAACCAAGCACAUCCUGUGAAAGUAUUGACAGAAUGUUCGUUGAGAAAUCAAAACGAACAGCUAAUGCUCAACACAGAAUAGUUGUUCUUCAAGGAAUGUCAAACACUUUCCAUAACGCUAUUACAUGGAGUUUGAAGAAAGUGAAGAAGCUUGUUGGAGAUGCUGAAGCUAAAGCUUAUGCGGAUGUGGAAGUGGUAAAGCAAGACGAAACUAAUGAGCAAGUCAUGACCAUCAUUGACAACGAUACUAUUGUUCCUCAGCUUUUGCAAGUGGCAGCAGCAGCCAACAAGCUUAAGCUGGAGAAUGUUAGUGUUGCAUUGAUCAAAGAAGGAGACCGUGCCCAUCAGGAAUUGGUUAUUGAGUAUGAAAGCUCUAUUGAUGAGCCAAUGUUCGAGCCAGUUCAUAACACAUCUCAUCUUACAUUCCACCAACAACAACCAACUGGACCAGAUCAACAUGUAUGGUCAAGAAGGUCUAAGUUUGAGGAAGACGAAGCUCAUGUUGUGGCGGUAUUUGUUGAAGUUGAUGCCAACUGCCCCGAUCAAAGCGUUGAAAUUGUUGCGACAGUAAAUGCAGCAUACGAAGGUGACAAUCGACAAGGAAUCGAAGAUGAGCCAUUCACGGAAGUUAGUCAGUCUCUAGCGACCGAAUCAAGUGCAGCUCCACAGGCUCCAAAGUUCUUGAGAAAACUAGUAAAUUGCUUUGGGAGAAUAGGAGAGCCCGUUCAGUUGAAAUGCUUGAUAGCGGGAAUGCCUCAACCAGAGAUCGAGUGGACAGUUGAUGGAGAUCCGAUUGUUCCCAAUGAUGAGUACAGUAUCGUUUACGAGGAUGGUGUGUGCAUUCUUCGCAUCGAAUCUACACUGAUUGAAGAUGAGGGAGAAUACUGUUGCACUGCCAGCAAUGUGGCUGGAACAACUUUCAGUAAAUGCUACUUGAAAUUAUCAGAAACAGAAAGAUCGGAAGAACAAUGUGAAGAGACAAUAAUUCCGCGUGGCGUUGUUGCAACAAUUCAAUGUCAAACAUCAGAACCACAAGAGUCAAUUCAGUGGUCCAAGGAUGGUAACAUUAUUCCAUCGGAUAUUUCUCGAUUUGAGUUCCGUUCUUUGGACAACAAUCAAAGCCACGAGAUGGUUAUUUCCAACAUUUCUUGGUCGGAUGCUGGUGUUUAUUCAGUUCUUAUCAAUGGAAAAAGCUCAUUUGUUUCCAAGAUUGUUGUUGUUGAAAGUGAGUUAAUUACUCAAUCAGUAGAAGAAGAACCAGAAGCUGAGCCAGAAAUUGAUGUGUCGCUUCAUAUUGUGGAGUCAGAACAAAUUAUUGAAUUAAAUGUUCCACAGUCACCCAAAUUAGGUGCAUCUCAUGAAACUUUAGUUCCAAUUGGUCAAGAUGACAUUGAAGUUAUCGAUAAACAGGAAGCAGCGCCUGUUGUUGAAUCAAUUGAAGAAACUUCAUCAAUAGGAUCAGAAGAAUUUGAGAUCAUAGAAAAGUUCACAGAAGAGGAAGUUCCAAAGGUAGCAGAACCUUCGGAGCCAACCCAAGCAGAUGUUCCAAAGAUAGCAGCACCUCUGGAACAAAGUCAAAUACAACAAGAAGUUCCAACGGUAGCAGCACCUUCGGAGCCAACCCAAGCAGAUGUUCCAAAGGAAGCAGCACCUUCGGAGCCGAGCCAAGCAGAUGUUCCAAAGGUAGCAGCACCUCUGGAACAAACUCAAAUACAACAAGAAGUUCCAAUGGUAGCAGCACCUUUGGAGCCAACCCAAGCAGAUGUUCCAAAGGUAGCAGCACCUCUGGAACAAAGUCAAAUACAACAAGAAGUUCCAACGGUAGCAGCACCUUCGGAGCCAACCCAAGCAGAUGUUCCAAAGGAAGCAGCACCUUCGGAGCCAAGCCAAGCAGAUGUUCCAAAGGUAGCAGCACCUCUGGAACAAACUCAAAUACAACAAGAAGUUCCAAUGGUAGCAGCACCUUUGGAGCCAAUUCAGGAAGAAGUUCCAAAGGAAGCAGCACCUUCGGAGCCAACUCAAGAAGACGUUCCAAAGGGAGCAGCACCUCUGGAGCCAACCCAAGAAGACGUUCCAAAGGAAGCAGCACCUUCGGGACCAACUCAAGAAGAUGUUCCGAAGGAAGAAGCUCCUUCGGAGCCAACUCAAGAAGACGUUCCAAAGGAAGCAGCACCUUCGGAGCCAACUCAAGAAAAUGUUCCGAAGGAAGCAGCACCUUCGGAGCCAACUAAAGACGUUCCAAAGGAAGCAGCACCUUCGGAGCCAAUUCAGGAAGAAGUUCCAAAGGAAGCAACACUUUCUGAGCCAACCCAAGAACAAUCAGAAGUUUCAAAGAGAUCAGAACCUGUAGAGCCAACCCAAAUUCAACAAGCAGCUUCAGAGGAAGAAACACCUCUAGAAGAAACUAAUGAAACUGUGGUCCAGACCAACGAAGAUGUUAAAGAAGCUGAAGUCCCUGAAAAUGCCGAAGCUCAAAAAGUGGUCGAUUCAUCGGAUUUGCAAGUUGCAGCUUCGGAAAUUGCCCACUUGGCUAUUGAUGAGGCAGUUUUGGAAACCUCAAAUCAGCCAUCCCAAUUCGACUCUCUUCAAGAACAAAAACCCUCGGUAGUCCAUGAAAAUGAACAUGUUCGCAGUGUCUGUGUUGAUCUUACAUUCAGCCGAGAUUCAGAGCAAAUUGUGUCAGAUGUAAUAGUUGCAGAAGUUGGUUAUGAUGAAGACGAAUGUUCAACAAUUGCCGAUACUAUCACAUCACUGUCUUCAAGUCCUCUGUACACUGCUCCAGUUUUUACUGAACGACUUCCAUCUUCAGCAUGUUUUGCAAAUAGUAAAUUGACACUAGAAGUUAUGUUCAGCGGAGUACCACAACCAACGAUUUCUUGGUUGAUUGACGAUCAUGAAUUGGUUUCCGAUGGUGAAAGGAUCUCCAUAAAAUGUGAAAAUGGUGUGAGCGCUAUUCGAUUCUUCAACGUGGAUCGUAAUGCGGGAGGUUUUCUGAAGUGUCGUGCAACAAAUUGUGCUGGGCAAGUUGAAACAUCAUGUGAGAUCGUCGCAGCUGAUGAGAUCUCUGUCAUCAGUGACUCUUCGAUUACAUCUUCGACGAGACCACAUUUUGUUGUGCCCUUACCUGAACGUGUCACUCAUACCGUCAAUGAUCAUAUUACAAUUAAAUGCAAAUUCUCUGGACAACCCUUGCCUGCCGCCAUGUGGGAAAAGGAUGGGGUCCUUCUCGAUUUACAAAAGUACCAAGUAACAACGGAAGAUGGAACCAGCAUUCUGAAAAUAGAGAGUGCAUCAUUGGAUGAUAAGGCCGUAUAUACCUGUACGAUCGCCAAUGAAGCUGGCUGUGAAUCGACAAGUUGCACAAUUGAUGUAGUUGAUGAUCAUCUUGGAUUACAACAAACUGGACUUCACGUGAUGUGUGAGCGGGAUCAGAAUGACGUGGAAUUGGAUAUACUUGUUCAAUCUCCAAAUCAUCUUGGCGUCACGUUCAAUUUCCCACCAGUUAACCGAACACUUGCUCGUCAACCACCAUACUUCUUGCUUCCACUUUCGGAUAAAGUUGUGAUAGAUGAGAAGUGUACACUAAAGUGUGUUGUGAUGGGAAUUCCAUUGGUUAUUGUGAAAUGGAUUGUUGACGGAGUUGUAGUUACGGAGGAUGAUAACCACGAAAUCCACUUUGAAGAUGGAAUAGCUUUGUUGCGAAUGAAAAAUAUCAAGAAAGACAAGAGUGUUGUUCAAUGUGAAGCAAUAAACUGUAAAGGUAAAGUUACAACGAGCUGUGUCUUGACGAAAUGUGGCGUAGAGGAGAGUGAAGCUGGUGACUUACAAAAACCGAGUUUUGUGCUAUCUUUGAAGGACACAUGCACAACAACGGAUCAUGCGACCUUGAAAUGUAUCGUAGUAGGAACUCCCCUUCCAGAUGUUUCUUGCUCGUUCAACGGAGUCACAGAUAAUUCUAAAAUUCGCUCCGAAGACGGAAUUGUCUUGAUUCAAGUGAAUGAUGUUACUGAAGAAGGUAUUGUUGUAGAAUGCACAAUUUCCAAUGAAACGGGAUCCAGCACGUCAAACUGUGUUGUGAAAAUAAUUAAACAGGAAGAAAAGAACUAUCAGCGUCCAAUAAUUGUAUUUAAUCAAGCUGGAUCAGUGAACAACGAACGAGAACUUUCUGUGAAAGUAGGAGUUAUUGCAUCGCCUGAACCAACAUUAUUCUGGAAACAUAACGGAAAAUCAAUCGAAGAAGGAGGAGAUUAUUAUUUAAUUUUUGAGGAUGGCAUUGGAAUAUUAAAAGUUUUCAAUAUCCAAGAUGGAUCUCAUGAAUUCACGUGUAUUGCUAAAAAUGAAUAUGGGCAAACAACGGUUGAAAUUCCAGUCGAAAUUGGUUUAAAAACCGAAAACAAGCUGACACUUGUCAAAACUUUGAAUGAUAUUGCCGUUGUGGAUGAUAUUGUGCAGUUAAAAAUAGUUGCUGAAGGUGACCUUCCCAUUGAGUUCAAAUGGUUUGAAGAUGGGCAGAUUCUUGAAGAUGACAGUAGUCAUAAAAUAACUGUUGACAAAUGCAUUUCUACUCUGCAACUGAAACUAGAAGAAACUGGAACAAGAAUUAUAACUUGUGAAGUUUCUAAUUCUUCCAGUAAAGUAAAUGCAAGCUGCAAUGUAGAGCGAGUGCACAACACUGUCUCCGACUUUGUGAUGACUAAUGACAACUCGACAAGGUUCUUGGCUGUUGGACGAAAAUGCACAAGAGAACGUAACAAUACAAUUCUAAAAGCAGUAGUUGUCGCUCGGGAGAACAUCGGUGAUAUUUGUGAAAUUGAUGGAGAAAAAAUACCGGACGCAUACAUUGAAGGCAACUCCUUGUCGAUAAAAGUUGACACACUGUCUAAAAAACUAUCAAAUGUUUCCUUUAAAGUGUCCGCUUCCGAAGGAAAAGUGUUCGAAACGCGAAAAAUUGAAAUUGCACAAGAGGAUACUGAUGAAGAAAACUUUGAAAUCAACUAUUCUCUCCGAAUUGAUGAACAAAGUGGGAACACUACUUACACGUUUGAAAAUUCCGAAUUGUAUCAGGGAAAUCAAUCAAGGGAACUUGACAAUACUGAGAGAAACUUUACGGUUAAUAAAGAGAAGGACGAAUCGAAAAAGCCUUCUGAAGUACAACCAGCUGAAAUUGUUGAGCAAAAAGAUGUUCCAGUGCAAGAGACUAGUGCACCAACAGUUGAGAAACUUGCUCCUGUGGAAUCAAAAGAAACACCUGAAGUACAAGCAGCUGAAAUUGUUGAGCAAAAGGAUGUUCCAGUGCCAGAGACUCGUGCACCAACUGUCGAACCAACAGUUGAAAAACAUACACCUGUGGACUCAAAAGAAACAUCUGAAGUAGAACCAGCUGAAAUUGUUGAGCAAAAGGAUGUUCCAGUGCCAGAGACUAGUGCACCAACUGUCGAACCAACAGUUGAAAAACAUACACCUGUGGAAUCAAAAGAAAAAUCUGAAGUACAACCAGCUGAAAUUGUUGAGCAAAAGGAUGUCACAUGUGAAGAGGAAAUCAAAGAACUGCUGACGGAGGUGGAAGUUGAACUCUUCUUCUCACAAGCUGAAGUGUUCUCCGGUUUGGAACUAGAUUUACUGAUGGAAUGUUCUGAAUACGUAACAACUUCUAUCCAAAAAGGUUCAACUGCCGCACCCGCCCAAGAACCAACAGUUGAGAAACUUGCACCUGUGGAAUCAAAAGAAACAUCUGAAGUAGAACCAGCUGAAAUUGUUGAGCAAAAGGAUGUUCCAGUGCCAGAGACUAGUGCACCUUCUGUCGAACCAACAGUUGAGAAACUUGCACCUGUAGAAUCAAAGGAAACAUCUGAAGUACAACAAGCUGAAAUCGUCGAGCAAAAGGAUGUUCCAGUGCCAGAGACUAGUGCACCUUCUGUCGAACCAACAGUUGAGAAACUUGCACCUGCGGAAUCAAAGGAAACAUCUGAAGUACAACCAGCUGAAAUUGUUGAGCAAAAGGAUGUCACAUGUGAAGAGGAAAUCAAAGAACUGCUGACGGAGGUAGAAGUUGAACUCUUCUUCUCACAAGCUGAAGUGUUCUCCGGUUUGGAACUAGAUUUACUGAUGGAAUGUUCUGAAUACGUAACAACUUCUAUCCAAAAAGGUUCAACUGCCGCACCCGCCCAAGAACCAACAGUUGAGAAACUUGCUCCUGUGGAAUCAAAAGAAACAUCUGAAGUACAACAAGCUGAAAUCAUCGAGCAAAAGGAUGUUCCAGUGCCAGAGACCAGUGCACCUACAGUCGAACCAACAGUUGAGAAACUUAAACCUGUGGAAUCAAAAGAAACAUCGGAAGUACAACAAGUUGAAAUCAUCGAGCAAAAGGAUGUUCCAGUGCCAGAGACCAGUGCACCUACUGUCGAACCAACAGUUGAGAAACUUGCACCUGUGGAAUCAAAAGAAACAUCUGAAGUACAACAAGCUGAAAUCAUCGAGCAAAAGGAUGUUCCAGUGCCAGAGACCAGUGCACCUACAGUCGAACCAACAGUUGAGAAACUUAAACCUGUGGAAUCAAAAGAAACAUCGGAAGUACAACAAGUUGAAAUCAUCGAGCAAAAGGAUGUUCCAGUGCCAGAGACUAGUGCACCUACUGUCGAACCAACAGUUGAGAAACUUGCACCUGUGGAAUCAAAAGAAACAUCUGAAGUACAACAAGCUGAAAUCAUCGAGCAAAAGGAUGUUCCAGUGCCAGAGACCAGUGCACCUACAGUCGAACCAACAGUUGAGAAACUUAAACCUGUGGAAUCAAAAGAAACAUCGGAAGUACAACAAGUUGAAAUCAUCGAGCAAAAGGAUGUUCCAGUGCCAGAGACCAGUGCACCUACAGUCGAACCAACAGUUGAGAAACAUGCACCUGUAGAAUCAAAAGAAACAUCUGAAGUACAACCAGCUGAAAUUGUUGAGCAAAAGGUUGUUCCAGUGCCAGAGACUAGUGCACCUACUGUCGAACCAACAGUUGAGAAACUUGCACCUGUGGAAUCAAAAGAAACACCUGAAGUACAACCAGCUGAAAUUCUUGAGCAAAAGGAUGUCACAUGUGAAGAGGAAAUCAAAGAACUGCUGACGGAGGUGGAAGUUGAACUCUUCUUCUCAAAAGCUGAAGUGUUCUCCGGUUUGGAACUAGAUUUACUGAUGGAAUGUUCUGAAUACGUAACAACUUCUAUCCAAAAAGGUUCAACUGCCGCACCCGCCCAAGAACCAACAGUUGAGAAACUUGCUCCUGUGGAAUCCAAGGAAACAUCUGAAGUAGAACCAGCUGAAAUUGUUGAGCAAAAGGAUGUUCCAGUGCCAGAGACUAGUGCACCUACAGUCGAACCAACAGUUGAGAAACUUAAAUCUGUGGAAUCAAAAGAAACAUCUGAAGUACAACAAGCUGAAAUCAUCGAGCAAAAGGAUGUUCCAGUGCCAGAGACUAGUGCACCUACUGUCGAACCAACAGUUGAGAAACUAGCUCCUGUGGAUUCAAAGGAAACAUCUGAAGUAGAACCAGCUGAAAUUGUUGAGCAAAAGGAUGUCACAUGUGAAGAGGAAAUCAAAGAACUGCUGACGGAGGUAGAAGUUGAACUCCUCUUCUCACAAGCUGAAGUGUUCUCCGGUUUGGAACUAGAUUUACUGAUGGAAUGUUCUGAAUACGUAACAACUUCUAUCCAAAAAGGUUCAACUGCCGCACCCGCCCAAGAACCAACAGUUGAGAAACUUGCUCCUGUGGAAUCCAAGGAAACAUCUGAAGUAGAACCAGCUGAAAUUGUUGAGCAAAAGGAUGUUCCAGUGCCAGAGACUAGUGCACCUACAGUCGAACCAACAGUUGAGAAACUUAAAUCUGUGGAAUCAAAAGAAACAUCUGAAGUACAACAAGCUGAAAUCAUCGAGCAAAAGGAUGUUCCAGUGCCAGAGACUAGUGCACCUACUGUCGAACCAACAGUUGAGAAACAUGCACCUGUAGAAUCAAAAGAAACAUCUGAAGUACAACCAGCUGAAAUUGUUGAGCAAAAGGUUGUUCCAGUGCCAGAGACUAGUGCACCUACUGUCGAACCAACAGUUGAGAAACUUGCACCUGUGGAAUCAAAAGAAACAUCUGAAGUAGAACCAGCUGAAAUUGUUGAGCAAAAGGAUGUUCCAGUGCCAGAGACUAGUGCACCUACUGUCGAACCAACAGUUGAGAAACUUGCACCUGUGGAAUCAAAAGAAACAUCUGAAGUAGAACCAGCUGAAAUUGUUGAGCAAAAGGAUGUUCCAGUGCCAGAGACUAGUGCACCUACUGUCGAACCAACAAUUGAGAAACUUGCACCUGUGGAAUCAAAAGAAACAUCUGAAGUAGAACCAGCUGAAAUUGUUGAGCAAAAGGAUGUUUCAGUGCCAGAGACUAGUGCACCUACUGUCGAACCAACAAUUGAGAAACUUGCACCUGUGGAAUCAAAAGAAACAUCUGAAGUAGAACCAGCUGAAAUUGUUGAGCAAAAGGAUGUUUCAGUGCCAGAGACUAGUGCACCUACUGUCGAACCAACAGUUGAAAAACUUGCACCUGUGGAAUCAAAAGAAACAUCUGAAGUAGAACCAGCUGAAAUUGUUGAGCAAAAGGAUGUGCCAGUGCCAGAGACUAGUGCACCUACUGUCGAACCAACAGUUGAGAAACUUGCACCUGUGGAAUCAAAGGAAACAUCUGAAGUACAACCAGCUGAAAUUGUCGAGCACAAAGAUGUUCAAGUGCCAGAGACUAGUUCACCUACUGUCGAACCAACAGUUGAAAAACUUGCACCUGUGGAAUCAAAAGAAACAUCUGAAGUAGAACCAGCUGAAAUUGUUGAGCAAAAGGAUGUGCCAGUGCCAGAGACUAGUGCACCUACUGUCGAACCAACAGUUGAGAAACUUGCACCUGUGGAAUCAAAAGAAACAUCUGAAGUAGAACCAGCUGAAAUUGUUGAGCAAAAGGAUGUGCCAGUGCCAGAGACUAGUGCACCUACUGUCGAACCAACAGUUGAGAAACUUGCACCUGUGGAAUCAAAGGAAACAUCUGAAGUACAACCAGCUGAAAUUGUUGAGCAAAAGGAUGUUUCAGUGCCAGAGACUAGUGCACCUACUGUCGAACCAACAGUUGAGAAACUUGCACCUGUGGAAUCAAAGGAAACAUCUGAAGUACAACCAGCUGAAAUUGUUGAGCAAAAGGAUGUGCCAGUGCCAGAGACUAGUGCACCUACUGUCGAACCAACAGUUGAGAAACUUGCACCUGUGGAAUCAAAGGAAACAUCUGAAGUACAACCAGCUGAAAUUGUCGAGCACAAAGAUGUUCAAGUGCCAGAGACUAGUUCACCUACUGUCGAACCAACAGUUGAAAAACUUGCACCUGUGGAAUCAAAAGAAACAUCUGAAGUAGAACCAGCUGAAAUUGUUGAGCAAAAGGAUGUGCCAGUGCCAGAGACUAGUGCACCUACUGUCGAACCAACAGUUGAGAAACUUGCACCUGUGGAAUCAAAGGAAACAUCUGAAGUACAACCAGCUGAAAUUGUCGAGCACAAAGAUGUUCAAGUGCCAGAGACUAGUGCACCUACUGUCGAACCAACAAUUGAGAAACUUGCACCUGUGGAAUCAAAAGAAACAUCUGAAGUAGAACCAGCUGAAAUUGUUGAGCAAAAGGAUGUUUCAGUGCCAGAGACUAGUGCACCUACUGUCGAACCAACAAUUGAGAAACUUGCACCUGUGGAAUCAAAAGAAACAUCUGAAGUACAACCAGCUGAAAUUGUCGAGCACAAAGAUGUUCAAGUGCCAGAGACUAGUUCACCUACUGUCGAACCAACAGUUGAAAAACUUGCACCUGUGGAAUCAAAAGAAACAUCUGAAGUACAACCAGCUGAAAUUGUUGAGCAAAAGGAUGUCACAUGUGAAGAGGAAAUCAAAGAACUGCUGACGGAGGUAGAAGUUGAACUCUUCUUCUCACAAGCUGAAGUGUUCUCCGGUUUGGAACUAGAUUUACUGAUGGAAUGUUCUGAAUACGUAACAACUUCUAUCCAAAAAGGUUCAACUGCCGCGCCCGCCCAUGAACCAACAGUUGAGAAACUUGCUCCUGUGGAAUCAAAAGAAACAUCUGAAGUAGAACCAGCUGAAAUUGUUGAGCAAAAGGAUGUGCCAGUGCCAGAGACUAGUGCACCUACUGUCGAACCAACAGUUGAGAAACUUGCACCUGUGGAAUCAAAGGAAACAUCUGAAGUAGAACCAGCUGAAAUUGUUGAGCAAAAGGAUUUGCCAGUGCCAGAGACUAGUGCACCUACUGUCGAACCAACAGUUGAGAAACUUGCACCUGUGGAAUCAAAGAAAACAUCUGAAGUAGAACCAGCUGAAAUUGUUGAGCAAAAGGAUGUGCCAGUGCCAGAGACUAGUGCACCUACUGUCGAACCAACAGUUGAGAAACUUGCACCUGUGGAAUCAAAAGAAACAUCUGAAGUAGAACCAGCUGAAAUUGUUGAGCAAAAGGAUGUUCCAGUGCCAGAGACUAGUGCACCUACUGUCGAACCAACAGUUGAGAAACUUGCACCUGUGGAAUCAAAAGAAACAUCUGAAGUAGAACCAGCUGAAAUUGUUGAGCAAAAGGAUGUUCCAGUGCCAGAGACUAGUGCACCUACUGUCGAACCAACAAUUGAGAAACUUGCACCUGUGGAAUCAAAAGAAACAUCUGAAGUAGAACCAGCUGAAAUUGUUGAGCAAAAGGAUGUUUCAGUGCCAGAGACUAGUGCACCUACUGUCGAACCAACAAUUGAGAAACUUGCACCUGUGGAAUCAAAAGAAACAUCUGAAGUAGAACCAGCUGAAAUUGUUGAGCAAAAGGAUGUUUCAGUGCCAGAGACUAGUGCACCUACUGUCGAACCAACAGUUGAAAAACUUGCACCUGUGGAAUCAAAAGAAACAUCUGAAGUAGAACCAGCUGAAAUUGUUGAGCAAAAGGAUGUGCCAGUGCCAGAGACUAGUGCACCUACUGUCGAACCAACAGUUGAGAAACUUGCACCUGUGGAAUCAAAGGAAACAUCUGAAGUACAACCAGCUGAAAUUGUCGAGCACAAAGAUGUUCAAGUGCCAGAGACUAGUUCACCUACUGUCGAACCAACAGUUGAAAAACUUGCACCUGUGGAAUCAAAAGAAACAUCUGAAGUAGAACCAGCUGAAAUUGUUGAGCAAAAGGAUGUGCCAGUGCCAGAGACUAGUGCACCUACUGUCGAACCAACAGUUGAGAAACUUGCACCUGUGGAAUCAAAAGAAACAUCUGAAGUAGAACCAGCUGAAAUUGUUGAGCAAAAGGAUGUGCCAGUGCCAGAGACUAGUGCACCUACUGUCGAACCAACAGUUGAGAAACUUGCACCUGUGGAAUCAAAGGAAACAUCUGAAGUACAACCAGCUGAAAUUGUCGAGCACAAAGAUGUUCAAGUGCCAGAGACUACUGCAACUACUUUCGAACCAACAAAGGAGAAACUUGCACCUGUGGAUUCAAAGGAAACAUCUGAAGUACAAACUGCUGAAAUCGUCGAGCAAAAGGAUGUUCCAGUUCCAGAGACUAGUGCAACUACUGUCGAACCAACAAAGGAGAAACUUGCACCUGGGGAAUCAAAGGAAACAUCUGAAGUACAACAAGCUGCAAUCGUCGAGCAAAAGGAUGUUGCAGUGCCAGAGACUAGUGCAACUACUGUCGAACCAACAAAGGAGAAACUUGCACCUGUGGAAUCAAAGGAAACAUCUGAAAUACAAACUGCUGAAAUCGUGGAGCAAAAGGAUGUUCCAGUUCCAGAGACUAGUACAUCUUAUGUCGAACCAACAAAGGAGAAACUUGCACCUGGGGAAUCAAAGGAAACAUCUGAAGUACAACAAGCUGCAAUCGUCGAGCAAAAGGAUGUUCCAGUUCCAGAGACUAGUGCAACUACUGUCGAACCAACAAAGGAGAAACUUGCACCUGUGGAAUCAAAGGAAACAUCUGAAAUACAACAAGCUGCAGUCGUCGAGCAAAAGGAUGUUCCAGUUCCAGAGACUAGUGCAACUACUGUCGAACCAACAAAGGAGAAACUUGCACCUGUGGAAUCAAAGGAAACAUCUGAAGUACAACAAGCUGCAAUCGUCGAGCAAAAGGAUGUUCCAGUUCCAGAGGCUAAUGCACCUACUUUCGAACCAACAGUUGAGAAACUUGCACCUGUGGAAUCAAAGGAAACAUCUGAAGUACAACAAGCUGCAAUCGUCGAGCAAAAGGAUGUUCCAGUUCCAGAGGCUAAUGCACCUACUGUCGAACCAACAGUUGAGAAACUUGCACCUGUGGAAUCAAAGGAAACAUCUGUGGAAUCCAAGGAAACACAGGCUGAUGCUAAACUGAAAAAAGAGAAGGACGAUAAACACAAACAGGAGGCUGAUGCUAAACUGCAAAAGGAGAAUGAUGAUAAACUCAAACAGGAGGCUGAUGCUAAACUGAAAAAGGAGAAUGAUGAUAAACUCAAACAGGAGGCUGAUGCUAAACUGAAAAAGGAGAAUGAUGAUAAACUCAAACAGGAGGCUGAUGCUAAACUGAAAAAGGAGAAUGAUGAUAAACUCAAACAGGAGGCUGCUGCUAAGCUGAAAAAGGAGAAUGAUGAUAAACUCAAACAGGAGGCUGAUGCUAAAUUGAAAAAGGAGAAUGAUGAUAAACUGAAACAGGAGGCUGAUGCUAAACUGCAAAAGGAGAAUGAUGAUAAACUCAAACAGGAGGCUGAUGCUAAACUGCAAAAGGAGAAUGAUGAUAAACUGAAACAGGAGGCUGAUGCUAAACUGCAAAAGGAGAAUGAUGAUAAACUGAAACAGGAGGCUGAUGCUAAACUGCAAAAGGAGAAUGAUGAUAAACUGAAACAGGAGGCUGAUGCUAAACUGCAAAAGGAGAAUGAUGAUAAACUCAAACAGGAGGCUGAUGCUAAACUGAAAAAGGAGAAUGAUGAUAAACUGAAACAGGAGGCUGAUGCUAAAUUGAAAAAGGAGAAGCACGAUAAACUCAAACAGGAGGCUGAUGCUAAACUGCAAAAGGAGAAUGAUGAUAAACUGAAACAGGAGGCUGAUGCUAAACUGCAAAAGGAGAAUGAUGAUAAACUGAAACAGGAGGCUGAUGCUAAACUGCAAAAGGAGAAGGAUGAUAAACUGAAACAGGAGGCUGAUGCUAAACUGAAAAAGGAGAAGGACGAUAAACUCAAACAGGAUGCUGAUGCUAAACUGCAAAAGGAGAAGGACGAUAAACUCAAACAGGAGGCUGAUGCUAAACUGAAAAAGGAGAAGGACGAUAAACUGAAACAUGAGGCUGAUGCUAAACUGCAAAAGGAGAAGGACGAUAAACUCAAACAGGAGGCUGAUGCUAAACUGAAAAAGGAGAAGGACGAUAGACUGAAAAAGGAUGCUGAUGCUAAACUGCAAAAGGAGAAGGACGAUAAACUCAAACAGGAGGCUGAUGCUAAACUGAAAAAGGAGAAGGACGAUAAACUGAAACAUGAGGCUGAUGCUAAACUGCAAAAGGAGAAGGACGAUAAACUCAAACAGGAGGCUGAUGCUAAACUGAAAAAGGAGAAGGAUGAUAAACUGAAACAGGAGGCUGAUGCUAAACUGCAAAAGGAGAAGGACGAUAAACUCAAACAGGAGGCUGAUGCUAAACUGAAAAAGGAGAAGGAUGAUAAACUGAAACAGGAGGCUGAUGCUAAACUGCAAAAGGAGAAGGACGAUAAACUCAAACAGGAGGCUGAUGCUAAACUGAAAAAGGAGAAGGAUGAUAAACUGAAACAGGAGGCUGAUGCUAAACUGCAAAAGGAGAAGGACGAUAAACUCAAACAGGAGGCUGAUGCUAAACUGAAAAAGGAGAAGGACGAUAAACUCAAACAGGAGGCUGAUGCUAAACUGAAAAAGGAGAAGGACGAUAAACUCAAACAGGAUGCUGAUGCUAAACUGCAAAAGGAGAAGGACGAUAAACUCAAACAGGAGGCCGAUGCUAAACUGAAAAAGGAGAAGGACGAUAAACUGAAACAUGAGGCUGAUGCUAAACUGAAAAAGGAGAAGGACGAUAAACUCAAACAGGAGGCUGAUGCUAAACUGAAAAAGGAGAAGGACGAUAAACUCAAACAGGAUGCUGAUGCUAAACUGAAAAAGGAGAAGGACGAUAAACUGAAACAUGAGGCUGAUGCUAAACUGCAAAAGGAGAAGGAUGAUAAUUUCAAACAGGAGGCUAAUGCUAAACUGCAAAAGGAGAAGGAUGAUAAACUGAAACAGGAGAAGGAUGAUAAUUUCAAACAGGAGGCUAAUGCUAAACUGCAAAAGGAGAAGGAUGAUAAACUGAAACAGGAGAAGGACGAUAAACUCAAACAGGAGGCCGAUGCUAAACUGAAAAAGGAGAAGGAUGAUAAACUGAAACAGGAGGCUGAUGCUAAACUGAAAAAGGAGAAGGACGAUAAAUUGAAACAGGAGGCUGAUGCUAAACUGAAAAAAGAUAAGGAUGAUAAACUCAAACAGGAGGCUGAUGCUAAACUGAAAAAGGAGAAGGACGAUAAAUUGAAACAGGAGGCUGAUGCUAAACUGAAAAAAGAUAAGGAUGAUAAACUCAAACAGGAGGCUGAUGCUAAACUGAAAAAAGAUAAGGAUGAUAAACUCAAACAGGAGGCUGAUGCUAAACUGAAAAAGGAGAAGGAUGAUAAACUGAAACAGGAGAAGAACGAUAAACUCAAACAAGAGGCCGAUGCUAAACUGAAAAAGGAGAAGGACGAUAAACUGAAACAGGAGGCUGAUGCUAAACUGAAAAAGGAGAAGGAUGAUAAACUGAAACAGGAGACUGAUGCUAAACUGAAAAAAGAUAAGGAUGAUAAACUGAAACAGGAGGCUGAUGCUAAACUGAAAAAAGAUAAGGAUGAUAAACUCAAACAGGAGGCUGAUGCUAAACUGAAAAAAGAUAAGGAUGAUAAACUGAAACAGGAGGCUGAUGGUAAACUGAAAAAGGAGAAGGAUAAUAAACUCAAACAGGAGGCUGAUGGUAAACUGAAAAAGGAGAAGGAUAAUAAACUCAAACAGGAGGCUGAUGCUAAACUGAAAAAGGAGAAGGACGAUAAACUGAAACAGGAGGCUGAUGCUAAACUGAAAAAGGAGAAGGACGAUAAAUUGAAACAGGAGGCUGAUGCUAAACUGAAAAAAGAUAAGGAUGAUAAACUGAAACAGGAGGCUGAUGCUAAACUGAAAAAGGAGAAGGACGAUAAAUUGAAACAGGAGGCUGAUGCUAAACUGAAAAAAGAUAAGGAUGAUAAACUCAAACAGGAGGCUAAUGCUAAACUGCAAAAGGAGAAGGAUGAUAAACUCAAACAGGAGGCUGAUGCUAAACUGCAAAAGGAGAAGGAUGAUAAACUCAAACAGGAGGCUGAUGCUAAACUGAAAAAGGAGAAGGACGAUAAACUGAAACAGGAGGCUGAUGCUAAACUGCAAAAGGAGAAGGACGAUAAACUGAAACAGGAGGCUGAUGCUAAACUGAAAAAGGAGAAGGACGAUAAACUGAAACAGGAGGCUGAUGCUAAACUGCAAAAGGAGAAGGAUGAUAAUUUCAAACAGGAGGCUAAUGCUAAACUGCAAAAGGAGAAGGAUGAUAAACUGAAACAGGAGAAGGACGAUAAACUCAAACAAGAGGCCGAUGCUAAACUGAAAAAGGAGAAGGACGAUAAACUGAAACAGGAGGCUGAUGCUAAACUGAAAAAGGAUAAGGAUGAUAAACUGAAACAGGAGGCUGAUGCUAAACUGAAAAAGGAGAAGGACGAUAAACUGAAACAGGAGGCUGAUGCUAAACUGAAAAAGGAGAAGGACGAUAAAUUGAAACAGGAGGCUGAUGCUAAACUGAAAAAAGAUAAGGAUGAUAAACUCAAACAGGAGGCUGAUGCUAAACUGAAAAAAGAUAAGGAUGAUAAACUCAAACAGGAGGCUGAUGCUAAACUGAAAAAGGAGAAGGAUGAUAAACUGAAACAGGAGACUGAUGCUAAACUGAAAAAAGAUAAGGAUGAUAAACUGAAACAGGAGGCUGAUGCUAAACUGAAAAAGGAGAAGGACGAUAAAUUGAAACAGGAGGCUGAUGCUAAACUGAAAAAGGAGAAGGACGAUAAAUUGAAACAGGAGGCUGAUGCUAAACUGAAAAAGGAGAAGGACGAUAAAUUGAAACAGGAGGCUGAUGCUAAACUGAAAAAAGAUAAGGAUGAUAAACUCAAACAGGAGGCUGAUGCUAAACUGAAAAAAGAUAAGGAUGAUAAACUGAAACAGGAGGCUGAUGGUAAACUGAAAAAGGAGAAGGAUAAUAAACUCAAACAGGAGGCUGAUGGUAAACUGAAAAAGGAGAAGGAUAAUAAACUCAAACAGGAGGCUGAUGCUAAACUGAAAAAGGAGAAGGACGAUAAACUGAAACAGGAGGCUGAUGCUAAACUGAAAAAGGAUAAGGAUGAUAAACUGAAACAGGAGGCUGAUGCUAAACUGAAAAAGGAGAAGGACGAUAAACUGAAACAGGAGGCUGAUGCUAAACUGAAAAAGGAGAAGGACGAUAAAUUGAAACAGGAGGCUGAUGCUAAACUGAAAAAAGAUAAGGAUGAUAAACUCAAACAGGAGGCUGAUGCUAAACUGAAAAAAGAUAAGGAUGAUAAACUCAAACAGGAGGCUGAUGCUAAACUGAAAAAGGAGAAGGAUGAUAAACUGAAACAGGAGGCUGAUGCUAAACUGAAAAAAGAUAAGGAUGAUAAACUGAAACAGGAGGCUGAUGCUAAACUGAAAAAAGAUAAGGAUGAUAAACUCAAACAGGAGGCUGAUGCUAAACUGAAAAAGGAGAAGGGUGAUAAACUCAAACUGGAGGAUCAAACUAAUCAAAGCCGAAUUUUUGAAGAAACAUCAAUCGAGGUCACGUCGCUUCUAAAAUGUAAGCAGCAAGCAAUUAUUGUUUCAAAGUCUUUUGCACUUUGCGAACGUGUUGUUUUGAAUGCUGAGGAGCCAUUUACACUUGAAGUGUUUUGUAAUGCGGUAUUCGUAAAACAAAGAACUGAUAAAAUUGGAAUUGGAAUUAUUUUCGAGCGUUCUGGUGCUUCAAAGAAAGACGAAAGUAGACCUGAUCGGCUUGAUGACAAUUGUGUGCUCACAGAUGUAACAGACGGGCUUUCAAUUCUCAGUCCUCCACCGAAAGCAAAGAAACAUUUGAAAAAGAAGAAGAAGCAUCACAAAAAAGAAAAAAUUGCCGUCAAGGAAACAGAACAAGAUGAAAAGACAGUGUCUCAUCUCAAACCCGAAAUCAGUGGAAUGGAGAGGAAACGAAGUAAUUCUGGUUCAAGCGAUAUUUUCGUCGAUGUGGAUAUUGAAGCCGGUGAAGAAUCUAUUCAUACUGAUGCUCUCGUUGAUCUAAACUUCUAUGACUACGACCAAAUGGAACUUAGCAUUUUUGAAGAUUACGAUUCAGAUGACGACAGUGCUUCUAUUGAUUGUGACGUCAGUUUGAGUAAUGUUGCAGCCGACGAUGGAAUUGAUGUAUUCCCAUCUGAUGGAGAUACUCAAGAAGUUGAACAAAAGGUUACACUUCCAAAGAAGCAUCAAUCUGAUGAAGAUGUCAUUAGUAAAGAAGAAGAGAAUUUGGAAACUUCUGUCAGUUAUGGAAGUAUUGAGGAAACAGUAUCUUUUACAAUCGGUACAGGACAAUCAAUUAUCGAACAUCCAAAAUCCCAUGCAGUUGGACAAAUGAACUCUGAAGUGAUUAUCAAAUGUAAAACAUCUCAACCAAUUUCUGACGCUAAAUGGUUCUGCAACGGUAUGGUUCUAUUACCAGAUGAACAAGUAAACAUGACUGUGACUGGAUGUGAGGCAGUACUCCGAUUAGUGAAGUUCCUCCCACAGAACAAAGGAAAUUAUCAUGUACUGAUUGAUGGAUCAAUCGGAAGUCAACCAGCAAUUUUAUCGGGCCCAGUUCCUCCAGUUAUUCUCAACAAAUUGACCAAGCCAAUUACUCAUCAAGCUGGAAAGUCAUUCACCUACAAAUUUAACUUUAUGGGAGCACCCGCACCAAGACUUCGCGUGCUAUCAAAUGGAGAACCCGUUUCGUUCGAUGUUAAAUAUGAAAUUUAUGACAAUAUCGCGUCGCUUUAUAUUCCCAAGAUGAGUAAACGAGAUGGUGGAGAAUACACAGUUGUUCUGGAAAACAAAUAUGGAAAAGAUGAAUCUGAUUUACACAUCACCAUGGUAGACACUCCUCUGAAACCCAGAAAAGCUCAACUUGUUGCUCUUACCGAUACUUCUGCAACAUUUAAGUGGUUGCCACCGCACACUGGCGAAUCAGAUAUUCUUCAUUACAUUGUUAUGAGGAGAUCAACCGAAAGCCGCCGUUGGAGAAAUAUUGGACACGUUCAGGAGAAAACGUUCACAGCAAUUGAGCUUGUUCCAAAUGAGUUCUAUGCGUUCCGAAUUGUUGCCGUGAAUGGAUUUGGUGAAGGCGCCCCUAGCGAGAUUAUCGAAGUUAACACUUUAGAUUAUGAUCAAGAGGAAAGCUUUGAUUUUGCUGGCGAAGAAGAGUUGAAGUUGGAUGACGUUCAAGUUAACAAUGAAGUAGUAACUGAAAUAACUAUUGAGGAAAGUGAAGUUACGAUUGAAGAGCACAGAAAACUCAAAAAGAAGUCGAAGAAAUCGAAGAAAACUACCGAUGAGCCUGAAUUAGAUUCUGAAAUCGCUCUCGAAGUAUCUUCUGAUAUAACAUCAUCAUUGGAAAUCACAACGGAAUCCACGAUCCCAGACACUGCUCCCGAGAGCCAAGAAACAUUGAAUGUUGAAAUUGCAGUAACAGAGACCACUGUUCAGAAAAUCACUAACCCAUCGGACGAAUCUGCUAAGAAAGAUGUUAAUGAAGACACGGCAGUAUCUUCUAUUGUCAAAAAGGAUGAUAAGGAUGUUAACAAAAAGUCUUUGCCAGAGUCAGGACUAACAACUAAGAAGGAGAUUCAAGGAAAACCUGAAAAGAAGAUUAUGAAGAAGAAAACUGAAAAGGCAGACUCCUCAAUAAGUGAAACUUCUGAAACCUUGACGAAAGACUUGACACAAACUAAGCAAUCAGAGCCAGAACCUGCUAAACGUACUACUGAAACUUCCGUCCAAGACGAAGUGAAACGUAAGACAGAGACUACUUCAAAAUCCAAACAGACCACCGAAGAACAUCCACAGCCAGGAGGAAAGUCUGACUCUUCAAUAAGUUCAACAUCUGACGCUUCAGAAGUGAAACAAGUUCAGCAAUCGGAAUCAGAGGCUCAGAAGGUUACUGAAAAACCAGAAACUGCCAAACUUGAGUCAAAAUCAAAAAUGACGGAAGAUACCACUAAGGAAUCUGACAACAAGGAGACAGUUGAUGAAAAACCUAAAAAGAAGGUUCUGAAAAAGAAAACCGAAAAGUCCGAUUCUACAAUCAGUGAGACAUCAGAAACGUCAGCAGUUGAAUCAGCUGGACCAUCUGAAUCUGAAACCCAGAAUGUUGCCGCAGUCGAUAAGGAAAAGAAACAGAAGGAAACUGACGAGAAGCAGAAACUCGAGGCUGAAAUUGCAGGUAAAAAAUCAACCGAACAGAAAUCCAAACUUGAGGCAGAAGCUAAACUCAAAAGAGCUGCUGAAGAGGAUGCUGCAAAGAAACAAAAAGAAAAGACUGAAGCAGCAUCUAAAAAGGCUGCUGCAGAAAAGUUGGAACUGGAAAAGCAGGCCCAGAUCAACAAGGCUGCAGAAGCUGAUGCAGUCAAAAAACAAAAUGAACUGGAUGAGCAAAAUAAACUUGAAGCGACCAAAAAGUUAGCCGCAGAGAAAUUGAAACUCGAGGAACAGUCUGCUGCUAAAUCUAAACAAGCUGCUGAAGAACAAGCAAAAUUAGAUGCACAAACGAAAGCAAAGGCAGCCGAAAAACAAACCGGACUGGAAAAAGAUGAAAAAUCAAACAAGGAUUCUGGAUCCAACGAAACAGUCGAAGAAAAGCCUAAAAAGAAGGUACUGAAGAAGAAAACUGAAAAGUCUGAUUCUUCAAUCAGCCAGAAAUCUGACACUUCGAAGACAGUUGCGGAAUCAGCUGGAUCAUCAGAAUCUGAAACCCAGAAGGUGGCCGAUGCGACAAGCAAACAGAAGGAAACCGACAAAAAGCAAAAACUCGAAGCUGAAAUUACAGCUAAAAAAUCAGCCGAUGAGAAAUCGAAACUCGAAACUGAAUCUAAACUCAUAAAAGCUGCUGAGGAUGCUGCGAAGAAACAAAAAGAAAAAGAGGACAAACUGAAGUUGGAGGCUGAUGUCGCCUCUAAAAAGGCUGCUGCAGAAAAGUUGGAGCUCGAAAAGCAAGCCCAGAUCAAAAAGGCAGCAGAAGCUGAUGCAGUCAAGAAACAGAAAGAACUAGCAGAAAAGCAGAAACUAGAAUCAGAGGCUGCCACAAAGAAGGCCGCUGCAGAAAAGUUGAAACUGGAAGAGCAGGCCCAGAUCAACAAGGCUGCAGAAGCUGAUGCAGUCAAAAAACAAAAAGAACUGGAUGAGAAAAAUAAACUUGAAGCUAACAAAAAAUCUGCCGCAGAGAAAUUGAAACUCGAGGAAGAGUCUGCUGCUAAGUCUAAACAAACUGUUGAAGAACAAGCUAAAUUAGAUGCACAAACGAAAGAAAAGACAGCCGAAAAGCAAACCGGGCUGGAAAAAGAUGACAAAUCAACCAAGGAUUCUGAAUCCAAGGAGACAGUUGACGAAAAACCUAAAAAGAAGGUAUUGAAAAAGAAAACUGAAAAGUCUGAUUCUUCCAUCAGCCAGAAAUCCGUAACAUCGAAGACAGUUGUGGAAUCAGGUGGGCCAUCAGAAUCUGAAACCCAGAAGGUUGCCGAUGCAGCAAGGAAACAGAAGGAAACAGACGAGAAGCAAAAACUCGAGGCUGAAAUUACAGCUAAAAAAUCAGCCGAUGAGAAAUCGAAACUCGAAGCCGAAUCUAAACUCAAAAAAGCUGCUGAAGUCGAAGCGGCUAAGAAACAAAAAGAAAAAGAUGAACAGCUGAAAUUAGAUACUGAAGCAGCAUCUAAGAAGGCCGCCGCAGAAAAGUUGGAACUCGAAAAGCAAGCCCAGAUCAAAAAGGCAGCAGAAGCUGAUGCAGUCAAGAAAGAGAAAGAACUAGCAGAAAAGCAGAAACUAGAAUCAGAGGCUGCCACAAAGAAGGCCGCUGCAGAAAAGUUGAAACUGGAAGAGCAGAAAAAGAAGGAUGCUGAAACUGCUUCGAUUGAGAAACAGAAAGAGCAAGAAAAAUUAGCACAAGAACAAUCCAAGUUGGAAGUUGACGCUAAAAAGAGCGCGGAAAAGCAAAAACUCGAGUCCGAAACAAAGUCGAAGAAGACAGAGGAGGCUCCAAAGGAAUCUGUUGACGAAAAACCCAAAAAGAAGGUAUUGAAGAAGAAAACUGAAAAGUCUGAUUCUUCGAUCAGCCAGAAAUCCGACACAGCGAAGACAGUUGCGGAAUCAGCUGGACAAUCGGAUUCUGAAACCCAGAAGGUUUCCGAAGCCGAUAAGGCACAUAAACAAAAAGAAUCCGACGAGAAGCAAAAACUCGAAAGUGAGAUCGCAGCUAAAAAAUCAGCCGAACAGAAAUCCAAACUCGAAACAGAAGCUAAAACUAAAAAGGUUAUUGAAGAUGAAUCCGCUAAGAAACAGAAGGAACAAGAAGACAAGAAAAAAGGUGAUGAUUCUGCGAAGAAACAGAAAGAUCAGAAAGAGAAGCAGAAACUAGAAUCAGAAGCUACUUCAAAGAAACCAACAUCAGAAAAGCAAAAAGACGAGAAGACUCCUCAAGAAAAAGCCAAAUCGGAAAAUGAAACUGUGAUGACCACGGAACCUCAACAACUCGAGGUUAAAUCUGAACCAAAGAAGUCCGACAAAACUGAAACAGUGGAAAAAGAAGUCGCUUCAUCGACCGAAAAGAGUGAUGAUUCUAAAACAAAAGAACCAAAAGAAAAGAAGAAGAUCAUCAAAAAGAAGAAGGAUACCACUAAGCCUCAAGAAGCAUCGAAAGAACUCAGUUCUGAUGAGUCUCGAAUUGAUUUGGAGUCAGAUAUCAGUCUUAGCUUGGAUACGGUUACAGAGUCUGAUGAUCUUUCAACUGCUUCCACGAUUAAGUUGCAGAAAGAAUCGGACGAGAGUGGAAUCGACAGUCGAAUGGGUCAAACAUCGGAGGCAGAAGAUUCACCGUUCAUCAGUCAGCCGGUAUCGGCAACAGUGACGGAAAUGGCUGGAGAAGCAAAGUUCACAGUCAAAUUCUCACGUAAGCCAAUCUACGUAAAAUGGAUGAGAGAUGAUCGAGAAAUCCGUGUUGCCUAUGGAAAAGCAUCUGUUGAGACAACCGAUGAUUCUUCGGUUUUAGUGAUUAAGAACAUUGAUGGCAAGGAUGUUGGAAAUAUUUAUGCAGUAUUCGAUAGUGAAUACAGAUCAGCGAUGGCUAGACUCGAUCUACGAGUCCCAUGCAAAAUCACACUGGAAUCAUCUUCAAAUGCACCAGAAAUUGUUGCAGGAAAGAAUCUCGAUCUUUCUUUCAAGAUUUCCGGAUAUCCUCUUCCAACCAAUAUCGAGCUCCUACACAACAAUGAAAACUUGCGUACUCGAUCGGAUGUUACCGAUUUCGACGACUCGAUUUCCAUCAGAAUGAAGAGAUUGAAACUUGAGGAUUCUGGCGAGAUCAAGAUCAUAGGGAAGAAUGAUUCAUCCGAAGAUCAAUUGAGAAUUCCAAUAAAUGUUAUUGAAGUCACAAGCAAGCCAACUUCACUUCAAGUCACAAGCACAGAAAGAGAAACCGUAACUCUGACAUGGUCAUUGCCAACUGAACUCAACGGUUCCAAUGUGAAUGAGUACUUGGUAGAACGAAAGACUGUUGAUGGUGGAAGAUGGAGACAUGCUUGUACUGUCACUGAUAGUCGUGCUGUUGUGGAUGGUCUAUUCUCGGGAACGGAAUAUGUUUUCCGAGUUGUCGCUGUGAAUGGAGCAGGACAAAGUGCGCCGAGUGAUACCAUUGAAGCAACGACACAGGCGGAGGAGGAGAUCGAUGAAACUGUUCCAACUUCACCAGUCGAAAAAGUCAAGGAGCCGGAAUCGAGAGAUGAUGAUAAGUCCGUAGAUGAAGUCGACGAUUCGACUGUCUUGGAAGAAAAGAAGGACGAUGGCGACGAUAAAUCGAAGCCUAAGACUAAAAAGAAGAUUAUCAAGAAGAAGGAAACUCCUGAAUCAGAACAAGUGACUGCUGCGGAACCAGAACAACAGAAGAUAUCUGAAGUUGAUGUGCAAAGUGUGGCUGAAACUGAAGUUGGAGCGAAGAAGAAGCCUGAUGCAGAAAAACCAACAGAUCUUUCGAAGGCUAAAAAGGAUUCAAAGUCCAAAAAAUCAGAUGAACCAGAGGCAUCUACUGAAGAGAAAUCAACAACUGAAAAACCUACAAACGAUAAAACUUCCAAAAAGAGUGCUGAAAAGAAGACUGUAAAACCAAAGAAGGAAGUUACAGGAAAACCAUUGGAAGCCAAGAAGCCAGUAGAAGAUAAGAAGGACGCAUCGCAACCCUCAUCGUCUAAAGAAAGCAGUCCACCAACUGAUGGAAAGAAGAAGAAACAGAUUCCGAAAGCAUUAUUCAUUCCUGAUGAGAUCAGUUCUCGAUUCGGAGAUCCGAGCACAAUGCACUCCGAAACCAACAUUACUACAACUAUUCGUGGUCGUGAAGGAAGUGCUGAUGCAAAGACACCACUGGUCGAACCACUAUCAGCCAGUGUUUCAAUGAAGGUUGAAAGUGCAAAAGAAAAGGCAGAAUUUUCAUUCAAACGACGCUCAGAGACUCCAGAUGAUAAGUCUAGAAAGAAGGAAGGAUUACCACCAGCGAAGAAGUCUGAAAAGAAGGAUGAAGUCACUGCCGAGAAACAGAGCACCGAAGCAUUAAUCGAAAGCAAAAAGAAGGAAGUUGAUGAAUCGAAGAUUUCCGAACAACAGCCAAGCGAUAAAAAUAAGUCGGAGGUAGUAGGUGUACCAGAGAAGGCGGCAGGCCCGGAAACCAAGAAAGACGUCAGUGAAAUUGAAGAAGUGCCCAAGAAGAAGACGAUUAAAAAGAAAACUGAGAAAUCAGACUCGUCCAUUAGCCAAAAAUCAAACGUCUUGAAACCAGCUGAUGACGAUAAAUCCAAGUCCGAUGAUGUUACUGAUAAAUCCAAGAAAACCACCGAAGAUCAAACCAAGGUUGCUACCGAUUCUAAACUUGAAAAAGCUGCGGAUACGACAAAGCAAAUUGAAACUGAAACCGUUGUUGACGACAAAUCGAAAAAGAAGGUUUUGAAGAAAAAAACUGAAAAGUCUGAUUCUUUCAUUAGCCAAAAAUCAGAAACACCACCUGUAGUUGAACCAACAAAACCAGCGGAAUCGGAAGCCCAGAAAAUCGCUGAAGUUAACAAGGCAAAGAAACAAAAGGAGGUUGACGAUAACCUGAAACGAGAAGCUGAGGUUGCAGCUAAAAAGAUCGCUGAUGAGAAAUUGAAAAUCGAAGCGGAAGCUAAUAUCAAGAAGACUGCUGAAGUCGAAGCGGCUAAAAAACAAAAGGAAAAAGAUGAACAGCUGAAAUUAGAGACUGAAGUAGUCUCUAAAAAAUCCGCCGCAGAAAAAUUGGAACUCGAAAAGCAGGCCCAGAUCAAAAAGGCAGCAGAAGCUGAUGCAGUCAAGAAACAGAAAGAACUGAAUGAGAAAAAUAAACUUGAAGCGGCCAAAAAAUCAGCCGCGGAUAAAUUGAAACUCGAGGAAGAGUCUGCUGCCAAAUCUAAGAAGGUUUCUGAAGAAUCGGUCAAGUUCGGAGAAGAAAAGAAGACAAAGGCUGGCGAAAAAACAGUCCAGGUUGAGUCAGAGCCUACUUCCAAGAAGACCAUAGACACUAAGGACGUAGGAGCCACUGAGCCAGCUGACGAAACGCCUAAAAAGAAGAUAAUCAAGAAGAAAACUGAAAAAUCCGAUUCUUCAAUAAGUCAGAAAUCCGCUACUGAUUCCGAGAAGGUAUCAAAACAAAAAGAACAGGAUGAACCAACUAAACCAGCGGUAUCAGAAACUCAAAUGGUUACCGAGGCCGACAAAUCGAAGAAACAAAAGGAAACUGACGAGAAGCUGAAAUUAGAUGCUGAAAUUGCAGCUAAAACUAAACAAGAAGCUGAUGAGAAGUCGAAACUUGAUGCUCAGGAGAAAAUUAAAAAGGUUUCUGAAGAUGAUGCUGCUAGAAAGGAGAAAGAACUAAAUGAUAAGUUGAAAUUGGAAUCUGAAAUUGCUACUAAAAAGGCAUCAGCAGAUAAAUUGAAGCUUGAAGAGCAAGCACAGGCCAAAAAAGCUGCUGAAGUUGAGGCGGCUAAAAAACAGAAGGAAAAAGAUGAACAGCUGAAAUUAGAUACUGAAGCAGCAUCUAAAAAGGCCGCUGCAGAAAAGUUGGAACUAGAAAAGCAGGCCCAGAUCAAAAAGGCUGCCGGAGCUGAUGCAGUCAAAAAACAAAAAGAACUGGAUGAGAAAAAUAAACUUGAAGCUAACAAAAAAUCUGCCGCAGGGAAAUUGAAAAUCGAGGAAGAGUCUGCUGCUAAGUCUAAACAAACUGUUGAAGAACAAGCUAAAUUAGAUGCACAAACGAAAGCAAAGACAGCCGAAAAGCAAACCAAGCUGGAAAAAGAUGAAAAAUCAACCAAGGAAUCUGAAUCCAAGGAGACAGUUGACGAAAAACCUAAAAAGAAGGUAUUGAAGAAGAAAACAGAAAAGUCUGAUUCUUCCAUCAGCCAGAAAUCCGAAACAUCGAAGACAGUUGUGGAAUCAGCUGGGCCAUCAGAAUCUGAAACCCAGAAGGUUGCCGAUGCAGCAAGGAAACAGAAGGAAACAGACGAGAAGCAAAAACUCGAGGCUGAAAUUACAGCUAAAAAAUCAGCCGAUGAGAAAUCGAAACUCGAAGCCGAAUCUAAACUCAAGAAAGCUGCUGAAGUCGAAGCGGCUAAGAAACAAAAAGAAAAAGAUGAACAGCUGAAAUUAGAUACUGAAGCAGCAUCUAAAAAGGCCGCCGCAGAAAAGUUGGAGCUCGAAAAACAAUCCCACAUCAAAAAGGCUGCUGAAGUUGAUGCAGUCAAGAAACAAAAAGAACUGGAAGAAAAGCAGAGACUAGAAUCAGAGGCUGCCACAAAGAAAGCCGAUGCAGAAAAGUUGAAACUGGAAGAGCAGAAAAAGAAGGCUGCAGAAAUUGCAUUGAUUGAGAUACAGAAAGAACAAGAAAAAUUAGCACAAGAACAAUCCAGAUUGGAAGAUGAAGCUAAAAAGAGCGCAGAAAAGCAAAAACUCGAGUCCGAAACAAAGUCGAAGCAGACCGAGGAGGCUCCAAAGGAAUCUGUUGACGAAAAACCUAAAAAGAAGGUAUUGAAGAAGAAAACUGAAAAGUCAGAUUCUUCGAUCAGUCAGAAAUCGAAAUCUGCGAAGUCGACUGUUGAUGCCGCUGAAACGCUGGAGUCCGAUUUCAAUCUCGUCGAGAAGAAAACUGUCCAGAAAGUUGAGCAAUCUCCUGAUGAAUCUACAUCUGCUACAAUCAAGAGAGAUCCUGCGCAGAAAACUGAAGAAAUUAGCAAACAAGAUGACGGUGACGAAAAGAAAACCACCACAGAUGGCAAGCCACCAAAGCCUGAAGACUCAGAAGCUACUCCAAAGAAACGAGUUGUCAAGAAGAAAACUCAAAAGAGUGAUUCUGUUGCCAGCGAUGCAAGCCUUGCAGAUGUAUCGAAACUGAGUGACGAUGUUGAAGAAAAACCAAAGAAAAAGGUUCUGAAGAAGAAGACUGAAAAAUCCGAUUCAGUUAUAAGUGAAACUUCAUCAGUUGACACUAUCAAGCCUGAAUCUGUUGAAAUUCCGACAGAGAAAGCUGAACAAAUGAUUCUGCACAACAGAUUCUCAACAGAUUCUGCAGUUGAAUCAGAACCAAAGAAUGCUCACAAAGACGACACAGAAAAAACCACCGAUGAUAUGAUGACACGAAGAAAGUCUUCUGCCAUUUUCAGUGACGAUGAACAAUCCAUUUCUAGCAAGACUUCUUCCGAAGGAAGGCGCAGACGGCGUCGUACUGGAUUCGCUUCCAAAUUUGCAUCAGAUACUCUUGCGCUACGUGGAGAUAAUGUUGAAAUCGAAGCGGAAUUGCUUGCUGAGGACGACACAGUUACAUGGAAGGUGAACGGCAAAGAUGCUGAUUUGAAUUCCAGAUGCCAUGAAAUGUCGCAUACAUUCUUCCGUACUCUUAUCAUUGAUGAAGUUGAGCCAACCGAUUCUGGAAUGGAAAUUACUGCUACCUGUGGAACCGAAUCACAUACCACUAUCUUGAAAGUGGAAGAACUUCCCGUUGACUUUGUUAAAUACCUUCCACGUAAAACAUCAGGAAAAGAAGGUCAGGAGGUUACAAUUUCGGUCACUCUCAACCAUCCAAUUGAUAUCAGCAAGGUUGUGUGGCUUAAAGACGGAAAACCAUUGGAAAUUAAUAAGGACUAUUCAAUUGACACAGUUGGAUGCUCCGUUUCAUUAACCCUGAGAAGAGCUAAAUACGAAGAUAGUGGAAAAUAUAAGGUUGUUUGUGAUGGUGUUGAUUGCAGUACUCACCUUUCAAUCCAAGGAAAACCGGUUCUCAAAAAUGUAUCGGAGACCAAGCCGGUGAUCACUGUUGAUAAGGAUGAUCAAUUCUCACUUCUUGUUGCAUAUGAUAGUAAUCCAGAAGCUAGUUUCUCAAUGACUGUUGAUGGAAAAGAUCUUGAAUUUGAUGGACGCAGUCGUAUUGAUGUUGUUGAUGAUGGCUUGAAAUUGACAAAGCGAGGUGUGAGCAAGACUGAUGCCGGAGAGUAUGAAGUAAAAUUGAAGAAUGAAUUUGGAGAGGUUGCACAGAAGUUUGAUGUCAAGGUCAAUGACACCCCAUCUGCACCAGGAGACGUGUCUGUUGUGAAGGCUGAAAGCGAUUGUCUCCACAUUGAAUGGACUGCACCAACCGAGGACAAUGGCGCUGAAGUCACUUCUUAUGUAAUCGAAAAGAAGGAAAGCGGAAGAAGAAAGUUCCACAAGGUUGCCACUGUCAAUGGAAAGAAGACUUCUUAUGUCGUUGAUGAUCUGGAAAUUGAGACUCCUUAUAUUGUCCGAAUCGCUGCCGUGAACAAGUUUGGAACUGGAGAAUUUAUUGAAACUAAACCAGUUCAAACUGGAUCACCAUUCCAAGUUCCAACUGUUGAAUUCCCACCAACUAUCGAUAAUGUCACUUCUACUUCUUGCUCAUUGAGUUGGCCGAAACCUAUUGAAGACGGAGGUUCACCAGUUUAUGGAUACGAUGUUUAUAAGAGAGAAAAUGAAGGUGAAUGGCAAAAGAUGAAUGGAGAAGAGCUUGUGUUUACUGAAAGCUUCAAUGUCCGAGCUCUAUCUUCUGGAAAAGAAUACGAGUUCAAGAUUGAAGCAUGCAAUGAAGCUGGCCUCCGAUCCAACUCUAACGUUGUUUCUAAGAAAUUGACUGUUGAAGGACUUGUGCCCGAAAUAAUUUUGGAUAUGCCAAUGGUUAAAGUUCUUGACAACGACAAGGUUGAAGUCACCUGGAAAUCUGAUGGUGAGAAAGAAUUCGUUGUUCAAUACAAAUCCGAUGGAUCUUCCAUCUGGGCAAGUGUUGAUAUUGGAGGACCAAGAUCCGAAUCUGCGGCUACAUCGAAAUGUAUUAUUGAUGGUCUUCGUGAAGGAAUCCCAUACGUUUUCCGCGUCGCCGCCCGUAACCAACAUGGAACUGGAGAGUUCAGUGAGCCAACCAUUCCAGUUGUUGUACUUGCUGACGAUGCUCCAAGAGUUUUGAAGGCAAUCAAACCAGUGAAGAUUCCAAAGAAGGGAGAAUUGAGAUUAGAAUGUCAUGCUGCAGGACAUCCAGCACCAGAAUAUAUCUGGUACAAGGACGGAAAAGAAAUCAUUCCAACAGACGAGAACACUGAAAUUGUCAACGAAGGAUCCAUGAGUGCUUUGAUUAUUCAUGAACUUGCUGGAGAAGAUGUUGGAUUGUACAAGGUUCUUGUUGAGAAUAUCCAUGGAACCGCAGAAUCCGAAGCAGAAGUUGGUAUCAGUGAUGUCCGCGCACAUUUCAAUUCUUCAUUCUCUGAACUCACAGAGAUUGAAGAGGGUCAUGAUAUCGAACUGACAUGCGAAGUCUCGGAUGAAGAAGCUGUUGUCAAUUGGUACAAGGAUGGAAAGAAACUUGUUGCAAGUGAUCGUGUCCAGUUCUAUGCAAUGGCUCGUAAGAGAACUCUCAGAAUCAAGGGAUCAACUGAUGCUGAUAGCGGUGUAUACAAAUGUGAGACAACUGAUGGAAGAAGCCGCACAGAAGGAGAAGUCAUUGUUAAUGAACAAGAACCUCACAUUCUUGUAGGACCACAAGACGCUAUUGUCAAAGAUUUUGGAGAAACAAUGGUGCUCUUCUGUGAAACAUCGAAACCUGUUCGCAAGGUUAAAUGGUUCAAGAAUGGUGUUGAAAUUUGGCCUCAGAUGAACAAAGCAAUUAUGGAAAAUGAUGGCAAACGAGCUACUCUGGAGAUCAAAAACUUCGAUAAACAUGAUAUCGGAGCGUAUACUGCGUCCGUUUCUGAAAAGGAGACUUCAGCACCAGCAAAACUUGUGUUCGAAGUUGCACCGAACUUGAUCAUUCCCACGGAAAUCCGUGAUGGCGUCACCGUUCAUGCUGGUAACGAGUUUGACUUUGCCGUUGAAUUCAGUGGAUUCCCUAUUCCAACUAUUCACUUGACCAACAAUGGUACACCUUUGAAGGCAAUUGCAGUCGUCACGGAGUAUGAUGAUUCAGUUAGUGUGAGAAUGAAGGAUGUUACACUUGAUAACUCUGGAACUGUACGUGUCAUUGCUGAAAGUCCACUCGGUCAGUGCAUCAAGGAAAUCCCUCUGAAGAUUAUCGACAAGCCAUCUGCUCCAUGUGAUUUACAGUUCAAGGAAGUCACCGAAGACAGUGUAUUCCUUUCGUGGCAGCCACCACUUGAAACAAAUGGAGCCCCACUUACAGGAUAUGUCAUUGAAAGAAAGGCUGUAGACAAUAACAGAUGGAGACCAUGUGGACAAGUGAAACCAACAAAACUCACUUUUGUUGCUGAAGAUCUUUUCUGCAAUCAAGUUUACGGAUUCCGUAUUCUUGCGGUAAACGAAGUUGGAGAGUCAGAACCAUGUGACACAGUUGAUGUGCUUACUCUUGAAAGUUCCGAACCUGUUAGCGAAUCUUCCGAACUGUUUGUACCAAAGAUUGCAAUUCUCCGAACUCCUCAGGUAACUGUUGCAGUAGACGAGACCAAAGUCACUCUGAGAUGGGAAGAAUGUCCAGAGACUAGCCUUUAUAAGGUUGAAAGAAAGAAGGUUGGAGACUCUGAUUGGCUUGAAAUCGCUAAUACUGAUAGAAACAAGUUCAAGGAUCGAUCAUUGACUGAAUCUGGAGAGUAUGUUUAUCAAGUUACCGCAACAGGAAUUCAUGCUGUAUCCAGUCCAAGUGAAGAGACAAAUCCUGUGAAAAUUUUAGUACCAGGAUCCGAAAUGCCGGCAUCCAAGACUGAAAAGAAAACUGAUGCGGCUAAAAGCGAAAGUGAGCAAAAAUCGGCCGAGGAAAUCGUUGCUGAAAAACAAGUGGACCAAUCUCAAGCGUCAGAAAGCACUACCGAAGCUGUCGAAGAGAAGAAAACCAAAAAAGUUGUUAAGAAAAAGGUUGCUGAAAAUAAAGGAGAAGAGACUCUUCAAGAAGUCAAAGAAAAACUGAAGAAAGGAAAAGCCGUAGAAAAAGUUCAGGAUGAGUCGAGACGAGGAUCUCUCCAAGCUUCAUCUGAUAACGAAUCUGUAACAACUACCUCUGAAAAGAGAUCAGAAGCCGAACUUGAAAAGAAUUCUGAGAAAUCUGCGGAAAAGAAAUCAACUUCUGCCGAUUUGGAAGCUGCCGAUAAAGCUGAAACUGAGAAGUCUGAAACUGGAAAGGAAACAACUGAAAAGAAAAAGAAAGUUGUGAAGAAAGUUGCCAAGAAAGGACUGGUAAAAGCUGACAAAUCCAAAAUUGAGUUGACUGCUGGAAAGGAAGGAGAGAUUUCUGCUCAAGUAGCUGAAACUGGAGUGUCGGUUGAAUGGAAGAAAGACGGAAAAGCUCUUGAUGCUUCAUACACAGUAACCAGCACCGGAGGAGUUUCCACUGUGAAAAUUCCAAUUGUUGAUGUCAACACAUCAGGAGUAUUCACAUGUAAAGUAAAGUCAUCUGAAGGAGACGAGGAAGAAGUUUCCAUUGCGGUUACGGUGAAGCUUCCUGAAGUUCCAAAAGUCGAAGCCGAGCAGUCUAUUGUAGAAGUCAAAGUAGGAGACGUUGCAAAGCUUUCUGCAAAGAUUUCUGAGCCAGCGUCUUCAGUAAACUGGACUAAAGAUGAUAAACCAAUCAAGGAAGAUGGCAAUGUCAAAGCUCAACUCUCUCCAGAUGGAACUGCUCAAUUGACAAUUUCGAAGACUGACUCAGCACAUUCUGGAAUUUACAAACUCAAUGUCGAAAAUGACGCAGGAAAAGGAAAAGUUGAGAUUGCACUUCGUAUCAAGGGAGCUGCCAAGGGAGCACCAGGAAUUCCCACCGGUCCAAUUGUCUUUGAUGAUGUCACAGAGAGCUCUGCAGAGUUCAGUUGGAAAGCUCCAGAGAACAACGGAGGUUGUGAAAUCACCGGAUAUAAUGUUGAACGGAAAGAAUCAAAGAACAAAGGAUGGAAACAAUGUGGAAAAACCAAAGAAUUGAAAUUCAAAGCUGAUGGUCUUGAAGAGGGAACUGAUUACGAUGUUAAAGUUUCUGCAGUCAACACAAUGGGAACUGGAAGUGCGCUUGAAGGAAAGAUUACCACUUUGAAGAAGAAGGAGGAAACUGGAAAGCAAAAGUCUGAAAAAUCUGAAUCCGACGAAAAGAAAUCUGAAUCUGAUAAAGUUUCUGAGCUAAAACAGAUCGGAAAGCCAGAAUAUGUAUCUUCCACCGCGACUUCAAUUGCAUUGAAAUGGACAUCUGAUAACGAUGAAGUCACAUACACCGUUCAAAUGAAAGAAGCCAAUUCAAAGCGUCCGUGGGCUGUAGUAGCCAAGGAAAUUUCAGAAUGUUCUGCUACCAUUGCUCAGCUGAAGGAAGGAACCAGCUACCUGUUCCGAGUUAUCGCUCAGAAUAAAACUGGUCAAACUGUCACUUCCGAGCAAAGUGAAUCAAUUGAAUGCAAAGACACUACAGAAUCUAAAAAGCCUGCAUUCACAAAUGCUCCAACCGAUUUGACAGCAGUUAAAAACGGAAAGACUAAAAUCACAGCAGAGUUCACCGGACAUCCUGCACCAGAAAUUCAUUGGUUUAAGAACAAAAAAGAAAUUUUCUCUGGAAAACGGCAAUGGAUUGAAAACAUCGCCGGUGCAACAUCUUUGACGAUUGGAGAGAUGAGAGAAGAUGAUGAAGGCGAAUACAAGAUUGUGGUCAAGAACACUGCUGGUUCAGUGGAGCACUCAUGCAAGCUCACUAUGGAUCAACUUCCGGAGAUCAAUCGGGUAGAUCGAUAUGCUUCUACACUCGUUUUCGACAAAGGAGAGACUGUGAAACUGAGGCUCUCAUUCUCAGGUCGUCCACAACCAGAAGUUAUCUGGAUCGAUAACAACGGAAAAGUCAUCGAAGAGUCUAGAAAAAUGAAGAUCGAAAAGACUGUGCUCAACACUGUGCUCACGAUCAAUAGCAUCGAUUCGCAGGAUCAAGGAGAAUUCGCUUUGAAGAUCAAGAAUCGGUGUGGAGAGGACAAAUAUGCAAUUGGUAUUCAGGUCACUGAUCGUCCAGCUGCGCCAGGUAAACCGGCAGUUGAGGAUCAGAAUGUCGACUCUGUCAGACUUCGGUGGGCUGCUCCAACUAAUGAUGGAGGAUCUCCAGUACGCAAUUACACAGUGGAAAUGUGCACGGAAAAAGGCAAAACUUGGACCAAAGCAGAAGUCACCAAGCAGGCGUUCAUAACCCUCUUCAACUUAGUACCUGGAGAGAGCUACAGAUUCCGAGUUCGCGCUGACAACACAUUCGGACAAUCUGAACCUUCUGAUGAAUCUGAGCUGGUUGUUGUAAAGAAUGUGAGCAGAGUUGUCGAGGAGCCUAAGAAGAAGGAAGUUAAAGUGAAAGAACAAGAAUCCGUUGACUAUGAAAGAGUUGCAAAAGAUUCAGAGCCUUCGGAAUACAAGACUAUCGAUAUUCACAGACUUCCUAACGAUCUUCAAGCAAAGUAUAUUAUUCACGAAGAACUUGGAAAAGGAGCUUAUGGAACUGUAUACCGUGCAACUGAAAAGGCAACUGGAAAGACAUGGGCGGCAAAAAUGGUUCAGGUUAGACCAGGUGUGAAGAAAGAAAAUGUUAUUCAUGAGAUUUCAAUGAUGAAUCAACUUCAUCAUGAGAAACUUUUGAAUCUACAUGAAGCAUUUGACAUGGGAAAUGAAAUGUGGCUCAUCGAAGAGUUUGUCUCUGGAGGUGAACUUUUUGAGAAGAUUUUGGAAGACGAUUCAUUAAUGAGUGAAGAAGAAGUUCGAGACUACAUGCAUCAAAUUCUUUUGGGAGUAUCUCAUAUGCACAAAAAUCAAAUUGUGCAUUUGGAUUUGAAACCAGAAAAUAUUCUUCUCAAAGCCAAAAACUCAAACGAACUCAAGAUUAUUGACUUUGGAUUGGCACGAAAAUUAGAUCCAAAGAAGAGUGUGAAACUUCUGUUUGGAACUCCAGAGUUCUGUGCUCCAGAAGUGGUCAACUAUCAACCAGUUGGACUUUCAACAGAUAUGUGGACCGUUGGAGUUAUCUCAUAUGUCCUUCUCUCUGGUUUGUCUCCAUUCCUUGGGGACAGCGAUGAGGACACCCUGGCAAACGUUUCGGCUUCUGAUUGGGACUUUGACGAUCCUAGCUGGGAUGACGUUUCUGAUUUGGCAAAAGAUUUCAUUUGUCGACUAAUGAUCAAGGAUAAGAGAAAGAGAAUGUCCGUUCAAGACGCUUUGAGACAUCCAUGGAUUACUGGUCCAUUAUUGUCUGCGUUCAAUGAUUUGUCCGAAUAUGUCAAGAAGAUGCAACCAAAACUAGACAAGAGUGGUGUGCCAGCCAGACAAAAGAGAAACUUCUUGUCUCUCAAGAGAUGGUCUGAUGAUCUUCUUCCAAUUGGACGUCUUGCCAAGCGAGGAGCCAUUUUCAGAAGACUCACUAUGGACGGAGUAUUCGAAAGAAACAUUGCAUUCGACACCGAUGCUGCUCCAAGUGUCAAGAAACAACUUGAAGAUAUUGUUGCUAAUGUCGGAGAUCUUAUUGCCACACUUUCUUGCGAUGUUGAUGGAGUUCCAUCUCCAAAGGUUCAAUGGUACAAGGAUGACAAGGAACUUACAGUACCUUCCAUGAAAUAUGACUCGUUCUACAAUGAAGGACUUGCUGAGCUUACCGUCAAGAACAUAGUCGAAUCAGAUGCUGGAAAGUACACUUGCAGAGCAACUAAUGAUUUAGGAAGUAUUAUGACUCAUGCCAAGUUAUCUGUCAAGGCUGAUGAAAAGAAAAAGAAGAAAUCUAAAACUUCUCCAGCUGUCAUCGAGAAGAAGAAGGAUCGAAAGACUUCCAAGGUUGUCGUUAUUGAAGAAAUGAUCGACAUGCCACCAAACUUCCAUCAUUUGCUUCAAGACGAUGAAGCCAAGAUCGGAGAGCCGAAGAUUCUUGUUGUAACAAAUACAACACUUCCAGAACCAACUGUUGAUUGGUAUCAUAAUGGAGAACACAUAAGCAUCAAUGAUAGUAACUAUCUGCGGAAGCACGACAAGGGAAGAUAUGAGCUUCAUAUUUUGAGUGUAGAUUCAACUGACGAAGGAAAGUGGAAAGCAGUUGGAAAGAAUGCUUUCGGAGAAUGUGAAAGUGAAGCAAAACUAACUGUUGUGAUUCCUGAUGGACAAUAUGCUCCAUCAUUUGGAAAACAACUCAGUGACGUCAAGUGCUCUGAAUCUGACAUUCUCAAAUUGGAGGUCAACAUUCAAGCUAAUCCAGCUCCAGAAAUCAAUUGGUUCCGUAAUGAAUCUGAAAUUGAACACUCUCAACAUCAUCGUCUUCAAUUUGAUGAUGGAAGUGGUAACUAUUCGUUGACAAUUAUUGAUGCUUACGCAGAGGACAGUGGUGAAUACAAAUGUGUUGCCAAGAAUAAGAUCGGAAAAGCCCACACAGUCUGCUGUGUCAGAAUUGAAGAGUUACUAUCGAAACGUAGCAAGAAAAUUGAUGGCUCGAAAGCUCCAAGAUUCAGAAUGCAACUGCCAACACCAAGAGAAGUUCCACAAGGAGCUGAUCUUACUCUUGUUUGCUCUGUUUCUGGAACUCCUCAUCCAAAUAUCAAGUGGACCAAGGACGAUAAGCCAAUUGACAUGAGUAAUAAGCAAGUCAGACAUGAAAACGGAGUUUGCACACUGCAUAUAAUCGGAGCCAGAGAUGACGAUCAAGGUCGUUAUGUCUGUGAAGCUGAAAAUAUUCAUGGAGUUGCUCAAAGCUUCUCUGUUGUUGAAAUCAAGGAAGCUGUCGACAAAGAUCAUGUUAGACCAAAAUUCUUGGAACCACUGGUGAACUGCUCCACAUGUGAAGGAAACGAAAUGGUUCUUGAAUGCUGCGUUACUGGAAAACCAAUUCCAACAAUUACUUGGUACAAGGAUGGACUCAAAUUGAUCAUUGAAAACCGAAUGCUGCAAUACACUGACCGCAAGGGUGUUUCUAGAUUGAACAUUAUGAAUGUAGUGAUGAAUGACGAUGGAGAGUACACAUGUGAAGCAGUCAAUAGUCUUGGGAAAGAUUUUACUCAUUGCACAGUCAAGGUGGUUGAUAUGGGAUUGUCUAAGACUAGGCUGACACCAGUUAGAAGCAGAAGCAGAAGCCGUAGUAGAUCCCCAUCGGUUGUUGGUGGAGAAAUUCAACGACCACCAGUAGUCACCAGACCACUUGCAGAUGCAACUGUCACUGAGGGCAAUCGUGAACUUCUUGAAGUGGAAGUUGAUGGAUUCCCAACACCCACAAUUGAAUGGUAUCAUGAUGGAAAACUUGUUGCUGAGAGUAGAACACUAAGAACUUACUUCGAUGGACGUGUUGCAUUCUUGAAGAUCUAUGAAGCUCAUGAAGAACACAAUGGACAGUACGUUUGCAAAGUGAGCAACAAAUUGGGAGCUGUUGAGACAAGAGCUAUUGUUGUUGUGGAAGCACCAGACGCCGCCGAGCACGUCACCCAAAUGCCGACGUUCGUCAAAAAGUUGCAAGACGUUGUUUUGAAAACGGCAGGCGAGACUGCCACGUUCACGUGUCAGUCAUACGCUAAUCCAGCCGCCCAAGUAGUUUGGCUGCACAAUGGAAAAGCCUUGCAGCAGACGAAGAGCAAUUAUAAGACGCGGCUGUUCGACGACAACACCGCUACGCUUGUCAUUGAGAACGUCACCGAUGAGCUUUGUGGAACUUACACAGCCGUGGCCAAUAAUCAAUUUGGAGAUGUUCACACUUCGGCUCAGCUCACAAUUUCCGGAUCAGAAGCCAAGAAAAUUGCAGCUUCAUUGCCCUACUUCAUUAUUGAACUAAAACCGAAAAUCAACGUUGUCGAAGGCGCCACACUUUCCAUUCAAGCCGACUUAAAUGGCUCACCUAUACCGGAAGUGGUUUGGUUGAAGGAUAAUAGCGAACUCGUGGAGAGCGAUCGCAUUCAGAUGAAGUGUGAUGGAGUCAAUUAUCAACUUUUAGUUCGCGACGUUGGUCUCGAAGAUGAAGGAACCUAUACUAUUACAGCUGAAAAUGAAAAAGGAAAAAUUCGUCAAAACACGGAAGUUUCAGUUACAAAGUCAAAAGAAGUGAAAGAAAAGAAGGAGAAGAAGAAGGUAGAAAAGAAGGAUGAGGGCAAGAAGAAACCAGGCCGUCCUGGACUACCAAGACCUUCAGGUGCUUCAAAAACUGAACAAGUUACAAUGGCUUUUGACGCGCCUUCUGAAGGACCAGCUGAUAGUUAUGAAGUAGAAAGAAGAUGUCCCGAUCAACGAGAAUGGGUAUCCUGUGGAUCAACAAAGUCUCUAGAGCUUGAAAUCAAGGGAUUGACUCCAAAUACCGAGUAUAUUUUUCGAGUGGCCGGAAAGAAUAAGCAAGGCCUUGGUGAAUGGUCUGAAAUGACGAGCACUUUGAAAACCGCCAGUGUUGGACAAGCUCCACAAUUCACAAUUUCACCACAAUCAAAAAUUAUUGCAAACCGCGAUGAUGAAUUCGAAAUUGCCGUUGAAUUCUCUGGAACUCCGACACCAUCAGUUAAAUGGUACAAAGAAAAUCUGCAAAUUGUCCCAGAUGAGAAAAUUGAUGUUGCCACUACAUCCACUUCGUCAAUUCUAAACCUGAAAUCCCAGGAAGAAAAUGGAACAUUUAACUGCUUGAUUGAAAAUGAACUUGGUCAAGCAUCAGCGUCUUGUCAAGUUACAAUCUUCAACAAACCAGCUUCAUUGCAGUCAACACCAGACCAUUCUUUGGAAAGAAAUUUGGUUCCAACUUUGCAAAAAGCUUUGAACAAUGAAAGUGCACAAGCAGGUCAACAAAUCAUGUUAACCUGUCGAAUCAGCUCAAGAUCUGAAAGUACUGUUGCAUGGUUUAAGGAUGAUGAACGCAUCGAAUCUGCUGGAAGAUAUGAACUUUCUAGUGAUAAGAAAUCCAAUCACAAGCUGGUUUGCCACGCUGUUCAAUCACAAGAUACUGGAAAGUAUCGUUGUGUUGUCACAAACAAAUAUGGAUACGCAGAAAGUGAAUGCAAUGUUGCCGUUGAAGAUGUUACCAAAUUCAUUGCUCCGUCGUUUUCUGCAACACUCUCCGAUUCUACAGCAAUUCUUGGACACAAUAUCACACUUGAAUGCAAAGUCGAAGGAUCCCCAGCACCUGAAGUCAGCUGGACCAAAGACGGAGAGAGAAUUUCAACAACCAGAAGAAUUCGACAAACUCAAGAUGAAAACGGAAACUGCAAGCUUUCUAUCUCAAAAGCUGAAUCGGAUGAUAUGGGAGUGUAUGUCUGCUCUGCAACAAGUGUCGCAGGAGUUGAUUCCACAUCCAGUAUGGUUAUGAUAGCUAAAACCACUGGAACUGAUUCCCAUCUUGUUAUUGCUCAAACUGCCGAUGAAAAACAUGAGAAGCCAAGAUUCACCAGAGCGCCACCUUCAUUGAUUGAAGUCAAUGAGAGUGGCCAGUUCACACUUAUCGCAAAAGCAGUUGGAGAGCCAAAACCAACAGUCACUUGGCUCAAAGACGGAAGAGAGAUUCUUAGAACUAAUCGAAUCUACCAUCAUUUCGUAACCGGAGACGGAGAGAGUCAUCUAAUUGCCGAGUGCGUCGUUUCCAAAACUUCUGGAAUUUUCAGUUGCAAAGCUGAGAAUCCGAAUGGCACUGUUAUCGCCGAAACCCAAGUCAUUGUUCAGCGCAUGAAACCAGCAAAUCAGUUAGCUAAUGUUGCUCCAAAAUUCACUAUCCCACUCACUGAUAUGGGAAUUGUCAAUGGUCAUCCAACUACGUUAAGCUGCAACGUAACAGGAUCACCUGAACCAACUCUCGAAUGGAUUUAUAUCGAUGACUCUGGUCACAAGAUCAAUUUGACUAGCUCUACAACAGACUGGACUGAGUGUCGGUUUGGUAAAGUUGCCGAGUUGAAGUCAGAACGCGUGUUGCGAGAACAACGUGGAACAUAUCAAUGCAUCGCAACAAACUCAUCAGGACAAGCCACCACACAAUGCUAUCUUCUUGUUGGUGAACUUUCUGAUGAGCCCGCUGGACCACCACGUUUUGUGAAGUGUCUUCAAGAUACCUGGACACCACUCAAGGAAUCUAUCGAGUUCUCUGUCGAACUCGCUGGUUUCCCAACUCCAGACUUGACCUGGUAUCACAAUGAAAAGAAGAUCAACGAGGGAAAAGAUGUCAAGAUUACUUUCCCCUCGGACACAACAAGUGUUCUUUCCAUCAAGAACGUAUCAUUGGCAAGCCUAGGAAUGUACUUCGUCGAAGCAUCCAACAUCCACGGUGUGCUGCGAACCGCCGGAAGGUUGAAUGUUUCUGAUGAACGGAGAAAAGCUGAACCACCACAGUUCAAGCAUGUUCUCGAACCAGUGCUUGCCGUUCAACCAAAAGUUGCAUUUUCUGAAGAACAUCCAAGAGCAUCAUCUUCUGCUGCCACUGCAAGAGUUAAAAAGGGAGCUGCGCCCAUGUUCUUGCAAGGUUUAGAAGAUAUGGAUUUGAAAGCCGGAGCAUCUGCUGCCGUCGCUGGAAAACUCGGAAGGAAGCUGCGUCCUCACCGAAGCACCACCAACGACGCUGACAAACUUGCAAAAGCUUUGGCUCAAAGUCUUAGACUCGACGAACCAAGGGCUUCAAUUGACAGUCGACCAGAAAGUGCCGCCAACGCCGCGCUCGAUGAAGUUCGUGCUGCAAUAAACUCUCGUAACAAGCGUGUUUGUCGGCCCAAGUUCAUGGUGAAGCCUAAACCAAGAAAGGUUCUCGAGGAGUACAAGUCACUGAGACUUAAAACUGCCAUCAGUGGGAACCCAAUGCCCCAAGUUCAUUGGGAUAAGGAAGGUAUCAUUUUGGAGACUGGUAACAAAUAUUCUAUUUACAACGACGGGGACUUUUACUAUCUCGAGGUCCAUCACGUUUCGACUUUCGACAAGGGAUUCUACAAUUGUACUGCUGCAAACAAUGAAGGAAUCAUAACUUGUACAUCAGAGAUCGAUGUGCUGCCCAAUAAAGAAGAUUCUGCUGCUCAGGUAGCCAAACGGAAAAGUCGAAAGGAGGCCAAAGCCCCCAACUUCAUCGAAGUCCUGCCUGGCAGGUCUCAAGCAAACUUAAAUGAGUCUCUCUGCGUGGAAUGCUCGGUCAGUGCAUAUCCGUGUGCGUCAAUCAUCUGGACAAGAAACUCAGUUCGCUUAUUACCCCAAGCUGACCGCUACACCAUGUCAUACGAUGGUGAAUGUGCCUCACUGAAAUUCAUCUCAGUGACACCAGGUGACGAAGGAACAUACGCUUGCGAAGCUGUGAAUGAACUUGGAAGUGCUGUUACAAAUAUGAAUCUGCAAGUUAGUGGAGUGGAUCCAAAUGCUGCUGAAGGAAUCCCACCACUCUUUAGAUUCGAAAAGAUCAAAUCAGUACGUAAAGUGGUCGAUGGAAGUCGUGUCGAGUUAGCUGCUGAACUCGUCCAGGCUUCUGAGCCACUUCAAAUUCGCUGGCUUCGAAACAAAGUCACAAUUGUUGACUCUCCUUCGUUCAGCUAUUCAAGAUCUGAAAAUAUGGUAUUCCUCACUAUCGCCGAUGUCUUCCCUGAAGACGGUGGCGAAUACACUGUGGAAGCCAAAAACCAAUCUGGUAUUGCGCGCUGCACAAUGCAACUUGAUGUUAGAAAUAACGAACGAUCAGUAGCUGAUGAAGCGCCACGAGUAUUUGACUUUGAGCCAACAACCAGAUCAGAUCCAGGUGUCAGCGUCGAGCUGCGCGCUAAAGUUAUCGGACACCCGGAUCCAGUUAUUUCAUGGACAAAGGCUGGUCAAAAAUUGAACAACGAAGAGAAAUAUAUGAUGAGAAACGAAGGUGACAAGUUCAUUCUUCGAAUCGCAAACGUAACUCGCGCAGAUGCUGGAAAGUAUGAAUUGACUGCGAUCAAUCCAUCCGGACAGGCAAAUGCAGAGUUAGAACUGACUGUUGUACAAUCUACAAAAACUGUCGGAGCAAAACCGAAAUUCAAUGAGUCGCCGAUUUCAGUGCAAACGUGCGAGAAGAACAGAGCAGAGCUGCGAGCUUCGUUCUCUGGCACACCUGCCCCUGCAUGUCGAUGGUUCUACAACGGAAAUGAAUUGAUUGAUGGUCUCGAUGGAUAUACAAUUACAUCAUCUGAUACUAAUUCAUCUCUAUUAAUCAAUUCCGUUGACAAGAAACAUUUCGGUGAAUACCUGUGCACAAUUCGUAACCAGAACGGUGAAGAGUUGGCGAAUGCAAUGAUUCUAUCCGAAGGCUCGUCUGCUGCACUUCCUCAACGAAGAACGAUUCGUCGGUAGAAACAUUUUCGCUUAAUUUUUAUAAAUUCAAAUCAAUCAAUACUUUUUUAUUGGGUAGUUUUGCCAUUUUAGUUGUAUUACCUUGCCGAGAUUAGUUUCCACUAUUCGAAACGAAAGGACCAUUUCAAAUGUUAUGUUCUAUGAUACUUCACGAAAUCUUUCAUUGUCUUCGAAAAAGUCCCCUGAUAUGUAUAUCCCAUGUUUUCCCCAAUAUAUCAUUUGACACAUCACAUUAUUUUAAUUCGCCCGUUUUUCGAAGAAUUGUUCCAUUUGACGGUAAACUUUGAAGACUAUUUUUUA